GUACCUGGAAGCUAUACGGCAACUGAAAUCCGCAGGAGCUACCAACCAACGGACACUUCACGUCACUUUUGUUCCAGGUAAUUAACACGGUGCUAAUUUAACAGUGUUAAAAUAACAGUGGCGAUAAUAACAGUGCUGGGUGCUAAUAUCACAGUGCUCAUACCACAGUGCUAAUAUCAAAGUGAUAAUAUAUCAGUGCAAAUAUGACAGUGUUAAAUCAAAGUGCUAAUAUUACAAUGCUUAUAUCCCAGUGCUAAUAUCACAGUGCAAGUAUAAAAGUGCCAUUAUUACAGUGCUAUAGUUACAAUGCUAUAAUUACAGUAUUAAUAUCACAGUGCUACUAUAACAAGUGCUAAUAUCCCAAAUGCUGUGAUGUAGAUUAAGGGGCCUGAAUGUUUUGUAUGGAGAGUUGUUGAUCGUGAGAGGCCUUGCGAUGGCGUGCUUGGCUCAAAGAGUAUUUGUGGAGCUGUGCUAGAUGCUUGGGAUUUUGUGGCGUAUUUGAGUAAGGGGAAAUUACCUUGUAAAAUGGCAGUUGUUGUGGUUUGGCACGAAAGCAGUGAUGGUGUGUUAGCUAUUUCGAAGUUGUCUUACAUUUAAUAAAGAGGCGUUUGCUUUAUGAAGCAUUGGUGCAAUUAAAUGAUUAAAUUACCCUUAGACAGCGAAGGUAUUGAACAGGUAAUUCCCGGUUCGUAACACCAAGGUUAAUAUAACAGUGUUAGACACGGUUCUUAUAAAAAUCUCCAUCUCUGGUGACACAUCAAUUACAACUCAUUUGAUCUCCACUGACCCUGUGCAUUAUGCGCUAGUUACUAAACUGAUAUAUUUCAUCAGCAGCGAUUAUGCCUAUGUUUUUUUUUGUUUUUUUUUAUAUUAACACAGAUGAAGAAAUCGGAGGUUUCAAUGGAAUGAUACCUUUUGUAAAAACUGAAGAGUUUCAGAAAUUAAAUGUUGGGUUCGCACUUGACGAAGGUAAAUAUAAUUAUUCUAAUGGAUGACAGUAAGUUUUGCUAGGGGUGUUAGCUCGGCAGUUGGGGUUGUGGGGGGGGGGGGGGCGCAAUCAAAAUCUAUUUGAAAUGCAAUUUAUUUCCAAUUUAAAAAAAAUAUAUAUAUAUAUAUUUUUAAAAUUUAGGAAUUUUAGAAUACUUUAUUUUCCUUUCAAGAAGAAAAGAAAGUUUGAAUGAAUGCAUCUAAUGAUGUAGUUAACUGCUGGCAGCAAUUAGCCGAGCUAAUAACUUUGUUGCUGUAUUUUAGUGUUGCGCUGUAAUUUAUGCUCAAUUAAGCUUUGCAUUUAUCACAUUUUCCUGGUCGGCAGGUCUGGCCAACCCAGGAGAGGAAUUUCGCGUGUUUUAUGCAGAGCGCAAUGUUUGGUGUAAGUAAUUGUUCAUAUUUAUAUCCAUUUAUCACAUUUGAUGAAUAGUUUAUACUUUAACAACGUGAAUUCAUUAAUUAUAUAAAAAAAAACAAAAAAACUAGCGAGUACCCGGCAUGCUUUGCAAUGCCACCAUAAGGAAAAAAGUGUUCGUGUUUUAAGGAUGUUUUUUUUAAAGUACUUUUUAUCUAGACAAUAUAUUUUUAUUUUUUUUUCCGUCUGGUGCGCACACGAAUAAAAAGGUGUUUUAACUCGUGAUCAGGUCACAAACAUCUGUCCACGUGAGAAGCAUGGGUUUUCAAAAUUUAGUCCAAUCACUUCUAGCGAUUGAUCUACCCAUGCCAUAGCUCUGUGUGAAAUUAUAUUUAUAAAGCUUGUAUUAAAAAACGACCUUAGGGCCCCUGGCUCCAAAUGUUAUGUUUUAAAAUAGUUGUACUCAUUCAGAAGCCUUUGCCGGCGUGCGCGCGACAGCUCACCAAAGUUUUAGCGCAAUCGGAUGAAUGGUAUAGGAGCGCAUAUGGAACAUACAUACAGAAAAUCAUUUUUACAUUAAUAUAGAUGGGACAUUUAAAAAAAAUAAUCGAGGCAACUUUGAUUAAAUACGUGUUUCCAUGAUAAGAUUUAACCUUACCACCGCCUAAUUAUAUCUAUGACAGCAUUUUCCCCUUACAAAUACUUUGUUAGUUAUUAUAUUAUUAGUAUGGGCUCAACUAAGAUAACUUUUGUCGGACUACCAAAUGAUUGCAAACGAAACACUACAACACAACGUAGGCCAAAAAGGUCAAUUAAGUAUUUUAAAUGAAUAUUAAAUUAUUAUUUGAAGAUUGCAAAUACAUAGUAAGUCUUUCCUUUGAAAGACGUUAUAAAAUAAGCAUUAAUACCCAAAGGCUAAAUGGGACCAGUUUAAGAACCCCUGAAUUUGUCCCCUAAUUUCACUGGGCAAACAUAUCCACAAAGGGUAACAUUAACUGAACCGUGACGCUUAAGUGUAGGCCACACUCAAAACCAGUGGCGGAUUUACCAAGAGAGCGCAGGUGGGGUCACAAGAGGUCAUGAUCUCUCUGGGAGUUGCGUGCUUCUGAAACAUUUUUUCAAUUGCUAUAAUUUAUAAAAAAAAUAUAUAGGACUGCGUUCAAGCUGUUUGAAAGAAAUAAUAGAAACAGGUGCAUGGAAGCUUGAAAAAGACAGACAGGAGAACAAAAGAAUGAACGUUUCGGUCAACAGCCGUCCUCGGCAGACAGGACAGAUCACGCAAUAACAAGAAAAAGAAAGUAGUUCGAAAACUGAAGUGUUUGCCAUUAAAUUUCAUUGCCGUUAGUUGAGUUUUCCAAAACCAAGAUUUUUCAGUAUGUAGAAUGAAUGUAUGUAUCACCGCUGUGGAAACUAACAUUUCAACGGACCAACUUAUUUUGGAAUUGUUUAAAAUAUAAGAAAUAAGAAAAAAAAUACGGGGGGGGGGGGGAAUGGAGGAUCGCUUGUAAGAUAUAAUCAAUUUGCCGUUCGAAGAGUAUGGCCCCUCUCAAAUGUUGCCACCUCCUUUGGGAGACGACACUGGUAGUAAUCACAUGCCUCAAAUCCAGGGUAAUGAAUGCGACAUUCUAACAUUGCUCACUUACGGUUUAGUGUAGGAGAACACGAGCUGUCGGCAUUUCACUAGAGUAGGAAGGGCUGUUCUCUGCGGUUAUAGAUGUUACUCAAGUUAGUUAGUAUAGUUGGUACUCCAGUCAGUUCUUUUUGUAGUUUGUACUCCAGUCAGCUGCUAUAGUUGGUACUGCAGUCAGCUGUUAAAGUUGGUAUUGCAGUCAGCUGUUAUACUUGAUACUGCAGUCAGCUGUUAUAGUUGGUACUGCAGUCAGCUGUUAUAGUUGGUACUGCAGUAAGCUGUAAUACUUGGUACUGCAGUCAGCUGUUAUAGUUGGUACUGCAGUCAGCUGUUAUAGUUGGUACUGCAGUAAGCUGUUAUAGUUGGUACUCCAGUUAGCUGUUAUAGUUGGUACUGCAGUCGGCUGUUAAAGUUGGUACUGCAGUCAGCUGUUAUACUUGGUACUGCAGUCAGCUGUUAUAGUUGGUACUGCAGUCAGCUGUUAUAGUUGGUACUGCAGUAAGCUGUUAUAGUUGGUAUUGCAGUCAGCUGUUAUAGUUGGUACUGCAGUUGGCUGUUAAAGUUGGUACUGCAGUCAGCUGUUAUACUUGGUACUGCAGUCAGCUGUUAUAGUUGGUACUGCAGUCAGCUGUUAUAGUUGGUAUUGCAGUCAGCUGUUAUACUUGGUACUGCAGUCAGCUGUUAUAGUUGGUACUGCAGUCAGCUGUACUAGUUGGUAUUGCAGUUAGCUGUUAUAAUUAGUAUUCCAGUCAGCUGUUGUACUUGGUACCCUAGUCAGCUGUUAUACUUGGUACUCCAGUCAGCUGUUAUACUUGGUACUCCAGUCAGCUGUUAUAGUUGGUAUUGCAGUUUGCUGUUAUAAUUGGUAUUCCAGUCAGCUGUUAUACUUGGUACUCCAGUAAGCUGUUAUACUUGGUACUGCAGUCAGCUGUUAUAGUUGGUACUCCAGUUAGCUGUUAUAGUUGAUACUCCAGUCAGCUGUUAUAGUUGGUACUCCAGUCAGCUGUUAUAGUUGGUACUCCAGUCAGCUGUUAUAGUUGGUACUCCAGUUAGCUGUUAUAGUUGAUAUUCCAGUCAGCUGUUAUAGUUGGUACUCCAGUCAGCUGUUAUAGUUGGUACUCCAGUCAGCUGUUAUAGUUGGUACUCCAGUUAGCUGUUAUAGUUGAUACUCCAGUCAGCUGUUAAAGUUGGUACUCCAGUCAGCUGUUAUAGUUGGUACUCCAGUCAGCUGUUAUAGUUGGUACUCCAUAUUCUGUAUGUCUGUUGGAAUAAAGGAGACUAAAAAUUAUCACUUAAAAAAACACAACACAGUUUCACGUAAUUAAUCAUUGAUAAUCAUGACAGCUUAAUCCUCACAAUUUUUGGAACUGAAUGAAUUAAUCAGCUAUCAAGGCUGGAUCUCUUACCCAACAUUACAUGUGCCUCUAAAUCCAAUUUCUAUACACCAUAUCACACGGCACUUCCCCAUAAUGUGAUCACACUGUGAUCUGCCACAAUAUGAUCACGCUGUGAUCUGGCAUAAUGUGAUCGAAUGCCCUGAACCAGGAAAUUUAACACGUCUGCUAUUAUAACUCUUGUGUAAACCACCCCACCCCCACCCCCACUCACCCCCCCCCCAACCCACACACACAACCAUGCCCAGAAACCAGGUGAAAGGAAUGCGUAAGGUCAGAUCUUAGUGUGACUGCAGUGACGUUCGCAAGGACUAAACAUCAAUUCAGUGUUAUUGAAUUUCGUUAAGAUCGUAUCUUGAAGCGAGCACGCCUGGCCCGAAAGACGGUGUCCUUUUAAUAAUGAGAUAAUAUGGUUUUUUUUUUUGUGGGGGGGGGGGGGGGUACUUGGAUGCUUGUAUAACAUCGGUUACAGUUCAUUUUAAAACACAAAUCAACGGUUCUCAUAUAAACGUAUGUGGUCAUUUCACACAUUAGGAAAUACUGCACCAACUUACUAUAGGGGAGGUAAAGAUUUUGUACAGAGAACAAAGUAUAUGUACGCAUGACUUAAGUCAAGUUAUAAUUUUAAAAAAAAACUGAUUUAGAAAUUUAUUUAUUUAUUUAUGUAGGCAUUUUUAUAUAGCGCUUACCUUAAAGCUCUAAGCGCUUUACAAUUAUUAAAAACAUGUAAAGUAAGUAAAAUAAAAAUGAGACACUAGGAUAGUAACUACUAUACUAUAGAAACUAUUAAAAUGGCUAUAAAACGAGAAUAUUAAUCAAAAAACAAAAUUCCUAAAUCACAUAAAAAAUCCCCCAGCAAUAAUGUUGUUUAUAAAAAGGUACGUUCUUUCUUUGAAUGAAAAAAACAACAACAACAAACAAACAAACCAUCACAGUAUAAUUAUUUUUAAAAUAAAACUUUUUAGGCGAUAUAAACAAAAUGGUGUCGCAUUAUACGUAUAUGGCGCCAACGUUUCACCUCUGAGCGAAAAUUAUAUCAAAUCAUUUCGGUGAAUAUGGGUACCGGUGCAACAAUUGAACACACGAUUAGAUCCAGACAAACAAAUAAGUAUAGGAUCACUCUAAAUAAACCCAUGUAAACAAAUAUUUUAAAAAAAUAUAAAAAAAUUGGGGGAUGUGGGGGAACCCAUAAGAAAAACCAAAUUUACUGUCGCCUUUGAGACUCCCUGUUUUAGGUUCAAGAAAGUGGAUCAGCUGACCUGCUAGAAACGUAUUCAAAUAACCUAUGUGUGAUACACUCCUAAUGAGUUGUGCGUGAUAUUUGCUACGGAAAGAUGGGGGGGGGGGAGGGAGUUGGGCGGGGAGGGCCGGGGGGGGGGGGGGGGGGGGGGGGGUUGGGGGGGGAGGGCCUGGAGUGGGGGGAGGAAGGUUGACAUGACCCACCAAUUAAGCAUUGAUUUUGUUCAAUAUAAUAAUAUCGAAUGUGCUAAAUGGGCAGUGCACUGGGACCUCAUGAAUCAUAAUUGUGUGUCAUCAAACAAUAGAGAAUCAAUAAUCUAUCAACAGUUUGAGAGAUGAUUUUUUAAAAAGAGUUUGCAGUGGGGAUGUCGGGGUUAGUGGGGAGGUGAUGUUGUAGGCUAAGUGCAGGGGCAGUGGCUUAAAUGAAUAGGACUAGUGCACACAGGGACUGGCCAAGAUUUAACCGCCCCCACAACACAACAAAACUCUCCAGUUGGCAGAAAAUGUUGCUUGUCAAGAUAUAGAAAAAAGGAAAAAAAAAAAGGGCGCCCGUGUUGGCCAAACUUUGCCCUCCGCCCCUCACCACGCCCCCCCCCCCCCCCCUCACUCCCCCCCCCCCUCCCCCCCCCCCUCCCCCCCCCCCCCCCCCCCCCCCUCACCCCCCCCCUCCCCCCCCCCCCCCCCCCACUCCUCUCAUGACGCCCUUCAUUACGCCCCUCACUACGCCCCUCACUCCGCCCCUCACUCCGCCCCUCACUCCGCCCCUCACUACGCCACUCACUAAGCCCCUCACUCCGCCCUCACUCCGCCCCUCACUACGCCCUUCACUACGCCUCUCAUGACGCCCUUCAUUACGCCCCUCACUACUCCUCUCAUUACGCCCUUCAUUACGCCCCUCACUACGCCCCUCACUACGCUAGUGUGAUUCCCGGAGACGCAGCAUUGGCCAUUAAGAGUUGCUUAAUCGAACAUUUUGCCGUAUUUUUUGUAAAAGAAAAAAUCAAUAAAAAUAAAAUCAUCUCUGAAUAUAUUGAUGUGCUAUUUGUGUGCACCGCGUGAUGAGUGUGGACCGCGUGAUGAGUGUGGACCGCGUGAUGAGUGUGGACCACGUGAUGAGUGUGGACCACGGUAGUAAAACUAGACUAUGCGCCAGGCUGUGUCAUUUUUGAAAGAAAUUAACCCUUCUGAGAUGUUUGGGAACACAAAAUGGAACGCCUCAGUGUAAAAUAGUUUAACGGUACCCAUGUCUGCAUUCACCACUGUCUGCGGUCGACAUACAACAGCAUCGACAUAUCUCAGCUCAGAUCGCCUGAUGUCCUUGGUGUCUUUAGUAAGUUAUAACACCAAGACAGGCGGAGACAGAAGUGUUACCUAACUCAUGCUAAGUUGAUAGCAUCUUUAAAAUGAAUCGAUGAGAAGAAGAAAAAGAAAAUAUGGAGGAAAAAUAUUUUUAAAAAUACAGAAAUGAAUAUUUGUUUAAAAUUGAUUAGAUCUGAAUUUUGAUAAAUUGAACGAUGUAUUCGUGAGAUUAGAGCAAUAUACAUAAUUUCUGUCAAUUAUUAUACAUUGGUGAUGCCAAUAUGUUGUAUUUAUUUUACAAUUUUGAUAAGGCUUUUCUCAUGCUUACUUUGGUCUGAAGUUUGGUACUUAAAAAUAUAUUAUAUAUAUAUAUAUAUAUUCUAGUUUCAUUAAAUAAUCGUUUAAAACUAAAACUUAAAAACUAAAAUUACCUGUCCGACUAACUGAAACAGAUGUAAAAUUCCCACGCAACAAAUCUUCAUUUGUGAGACAAGUUUUUUUUUCUCUCCAUCUCUGCAAAGCUAGUUAAAACCAAUCGUUGUCAGAAACGGAUUUUAAAUAAACAUAUCUAUUCAAACACGAACUAAAUAAACACAAUGACUGUAAGAUGUCUUUUUCACUUUUAAUAAUUGUUUUGCUUAUAGAACGUUCGAUCUUACUUGUAAGAAAAAUUGUUGCGCAAAUUAGCAUAAGAGCGGGAGUGGGAUGGUGAAGACGUACAACUGUCGGAAACCGAUUUCCUAUUUAGGCGUCACUUGUUAUUAUUGUCCAAAUACGGGGACAGCAAUUGAAAAACAAUUUAACGGGAACACCAUUCACCAGUCUGUUGUCAUCUGUCAGGUCUCAAAAUAUCCGGUGCAUCAUGCAGUGUAGCAUCAAGUGCACCAUGCUACCGGAGUACUAAAAGUUGACAUGAAAUGCUCUAGACUGAUAUACAUUGCAUAACUAGGCGAUCCCGUUAUAGCUAACUAACAUAACUUACUCAAAUAUCCUGUGGAAAUAUCACAUGUUUAAACUGUGAAAUAACGUUCACUAUACUACAAGUUGAUCAUCCUUUCAAAUACUUCAACGAUACUACGCUGAUCCUAUCCAAUAAUUCAACGAUACUACGCUGAUCCUAUCAAAUACUUCAACGAUGCUACGCUGUUACUUGUGUUCAAAAUUCAACUGGUGAAAUUUGAAAACAAUGUUGCCUACAUGCCAGUAUCUUUCUCUCUCCUCUCCCCUCUCUCUCUCUUCCCCCCCCUCUCUCUCUUUCGCUCGCUCUCUCUCCUCCCUCUCUCCCCCCCCUCUCUUUCUGGCGAGGGAGAGGGGAAGAGAGGGGCCUCUCUCUCUUCCCCCCUCUCUCUCUCUCCUCCCUCUCUCACUCCCCUCUCUCUCCCCCUCUCUCUCCCCCCUCUCUCUCCGCUACCUCUCCCCCUUCUCCCCUCUCUCUCUUACGCACACAAGAUCAAAUGUCCUUCACCUUAGAGAGAACUUCCGAACCACCACAGUGAAAGGAUUAUCGUUCUGUUUCCAUCAGAGCUGUCACUCAAACCUGUGACCAUCGUCCGUCAUCCUUGACAUUCGGAGGUGAUUUACUCCUCACGCGAGGCCCCUCACCUCCCACUCCAUGGCAGUGAAUGAGUGGAUCAAGCUCCAUUUGAUGGUUUCAACGUAAUAAUGGGGUCGGCUAAAAAUACGAAUUUAAACUCCGCAGCUCAAUCGACCAAUGAAUAUUAAGUAUCGGUAUCGAAUUUUAAUUAUUUUUUUUUAAAAUAUCCGAAUAACAUUUGUAACGAUUGUUUUCCUAUGUCCACUGUUUAAAGCUCGAUUCUUUUAUAACUCAAAAGCCGGUGACAAAGUUUCUGACACCAAAAUUUGCCAUAGGUUAAACUCCGGCACACAUGAUCAGCAUUGAUAGGGACCUCUGUAAUAAUCAACUGGAUUAUUUGGAGAUAACAGGAAUACCACCAUUGAUCCGUGUCUGUCAUUGUCUAGUCUAGUUACCGGUGUCACUAAAACAAAACACGCUCUGACACUGUGGGCCUAUUCCUUUGUGUGGCAUACCGUGACACCGUAGUCCGUGACCACUACGUCACUCUGAUAGUUCGGCCAGUGACCUUUGCGUUCAUAACUCCCGGUACAUAAAUAUGUCAAGAUCUUUAACUGAACAGUUAUUUUUUCUUGUGUGUGUGUGUGUGUUUUUUAUUUUUUAUAAGACCAAUGCUGAAAGACUCCCUGGUGGGUCAUUGUGACAUCUUUGCAUCGUGACGCCACUGAUUGCACAUCCUAUUCUUACAGGGCUGGAGGUCAUUUGUCCUGGCAGUCCAGGACAUGGGUCAUCUUUCUUGAAAAACACGGCCGGGGAGAAAGUGGUAAGCUAAGUCUAAAAUUGCUCCAUCUUCCUUUUCAAUAUAUGUAUUAUAGAUUAAUUUGUUCUGGUUUUGUUGUUAAUUUCCUGUAUUAAAUUAUAAAUUUGUUUCUUCCGCUAUUGUUCUCAAGUAGCGCAUUAUAGAUUAAUUUGUUCUGCUUUUGUUGUUAAGCCAUAUCACUUUUUUUAGUUCUAACUCUUGUGACCAGAGCCAAUGUAACUUCGCCUUGAACAUAAAGGUCAGAGUCAUGGAUGGCUUAUUGGUUAGGACCAGUAGACUCAAAAUACUUAAGUACCCUCUCCAACCUUCCCCCCCCCCCGUGCCCUAUGCGUCGUCGGUUAAUCGUAAUCCAAAAAUUGUCCUAAAAAUGUUUCAUAUACUAAUGUAUAAUGACCAAUGUAUAAUGACCAAUGUAUAAUGACCUAUGUAUAAUGACCAAUGUAUAAUGACCAAUGUCUAAUGACCAAUGUCUAAUGACCAAUGUCUAAUGACCAAUGUCUAAUGACCACUGCCUAGUGACCACUGCCCAAUGACCAAUGUCCAAUGACCACUGUCUCAUGACCAAUGUCUAAUGACCACUGUCUAAUGACCAAUCUCUAAUGACCAAUAUCUAAUGACCACUGUCUAAUGACCAAUGUCUAAUGACCAAUGUCUUACCUACAGCAAAAGAUAAUCAACAGAUUUCUCCAGUUGAGGUCCGAUGAGGAGGCCAGGUAUGUACACAUCCGUGAAAAUUUCGUGUCGGCAUUCCUUUGUUAAAGUUUGGUACAACUUAAUCAAAGUAAGUUAAGAUGACCGCCAAUGUUAAACACACAUAGGUGCCUGUACGGCAAUGUGUACACUGUUUGAUAACCCCAGGACCAACUUCACACUUAUCUGGAGUCAGUGAUGUCAUUUGGUCUGUUUUUAUCUCAUUAGACAAAAAAACUUUGGCCUUCACAUGUAGACACAAUCUGUUUGUAGUUGUUGGAGGGUUGAAAAGGUUGCAGUUGUUAGAGGAUUGUAAAAAGGUUGUCUUCGUUAGAAAUUUGUAAAUAAAGUAACAAAAUGUGUUACUUUUUCAAGACGAUUUUAUGUUUCAAACAAAUUUUCUUAUGCGAUAUUUUUAUGGUUAGUGGUUUCCAACUCAGAUACACAUUUAAUAUGUGAUAUUUCUAUGGCUCAUCACAGCUUCCAUUGACAGAUGUCAAUUUAAAGUGUGACAUCGUUACGUUCAAUAGGUAUUCCAAUCAGUAAUCACUUUAAAAAGAAGGAAAACUAUUCUUGUUCCGAUGUUGAAAUGCUUUUAGGAGCAUUUACCAUACUGACGUAAAACCCCCAAAAUCCAGCAGCUGGUCGUCUAGUCAGGUCUUGGGGUCCGUUCGCAAAUUACGUCAAGCGGGGGGGGGGCUCAGGAAUUGAUAACACUUUGUGACAGGGGGGGGGAGGGUGUGUCGUAAAAAAUUGAUAACGUCACGCUUUUUUAUUUACUUUUUUAUUAUUUUUUUUUUAAAAACUAAAAUUUCAAAUUUUGAACAAUCUUUAUUUUAUUAAUUUUAAAAACAAUAAUUUGAGGUCUAAAUUGCCUCAGAAUCAUAGGUACUUUGAAACUCAGUUGCUCACACCUUUUGCGCAUAUCAAAUAAUGACGUAAAAACUGUUGUGACAAUUUUACAUUCGGCUUGAGGAUGACUUCGUUGUUUCGCGUCACAGUUUUCUAAGAAUACAACAUCUUAAUUCAUUAUGCGAAAAAAUUAAAGAAUAAAAUAAAAUCUUAGUUUAGUUAUGACAAUUUUAUGUAUAUUUUGAUUUUUUUAGGUGUAACGUGACACUGGGGGAUUGUGGUGGGGGGGUGUCAAGAAUUUGUGAAACUUCGUGACAGUGUGGAAGGGGGUCUAAAAAAAAAACUCAUUUUUUUGCAUGACGUAAUUUUGCGAACGACCCCUUGUUGUAACACAUUCCUAACAAGAAAUAGCACAUUCAUCAGCUGACUGAACCCCCACAAUCAGUGCUGAUAAACUCUGAUGUCAUACUGAGACCCAUUCACAGCUUAUCAACGUUGUUGGCUAAUUAAUUAAUAGUAUCAGUCUGGGACUGCAUGCUCAACCCAUUCCAGCAAUGGCAGUUCCAACCUCCACCCUUUCCACCAAUGGCAGCUACACGCUCCACCGAUUCCACCAAUGGCAGCUCCACCAAUCCCACCAAGGGAAGAUGCACGCUCCACCAGUGGGAGCUGCACGCUCCACCCAUUCCACCAAUUGCAGCUCCACGCUCCACCCAUUCCACCAGUGGCAGCUCCACGCUCCACUCAUUCCACCAGUGGCAGCUACACGCUCCACUCAUUCCACCAGUGGCAGCAACACGCUCCACCCAUUCCACCAGUGGCAGCUAAACGUUUAUUUUCGGAUUUCGGCGUGUAAUCGAUGAACACCAACAUUAAGGUGACCACCUGGAAUUGUAAACUAACCGAUAUAUUAAUAGGUUUUUAAUGUCUUAACGAUAAUCAUCCCCAAGGUCAGUCGUGCUGACUCACAAUCUCAGUUACAGAGCAUUUAAUUAUAAUGUGAAUCUUAAUUCGUUUUUUCGAAUAGCGUUGCAGUCUAAGAGUCUAGACCCAUGGUUCUUAAAUUUUCGAAUGCCGCGACCCUUUAAUACAGUUCCUCAUGUUGUGGUGAUCCUCAACCACAAAAUCAUUUACGUUGCUACUUCAUAAAUGUGUGUUUUCCGAUGGUCUUAGGCGACCCCUGUGAAAGGGUUGUUCGACCCCCCAAAGGGGUCGUGACCCACAGGUUGAGAACCGCUGGUCUAGACCAUCAAGUGAAGAGUUGGCGUAGAGACCAAAGUAAAUGAUAUUCGAUGACGUCACAAGCAGUGACGGUGGAGGAGGGGGGGGGAGCGGUCUGCCUCAUGCGGUGCUCUUUGGCUUACAUCCAGUGGUGGCAUUUAUCGUAGAGGGUGGGGCGUGGGGCGGCUACAAUCUUAGAGCACCCCGCCUGGCGCUUGCCCUGGUCUUAAAGUCAAUAAGUAACAUACACAUUCAUUGUCAUGUUACAAUGAAAAGUAACAUACACAUUCAUUGUCAUGUUACAAUGAAAAGUAACAUACACAUUCAUUGUCAUGUUACAAUGAAAAGUAACAUACACAUUCAUUGUCAUGUUACAAUGAAAAGUAACAUACACAUUCAUUGUCAUGUUACAAUGAAAAGUAACAUACACAUUCAUUGUCAUGUUACAAUGAAAAGUAACAUACACAUUCAUUGUCAUGUUACAAUGAAAAGUAACAUACACAUUCAUUGUCAUGUUACAAUGAAAAGUAACAUACACAUUCAUUGUCAUGUUACAAUGAAAAGUAACAUACACAUUCAUUGUCAUGUUACAAUGAAAAGUAACAUACACAUUCAUUGUCAUGUUACAAUGAAAAGUAACAUACACAUUCAUUGUCAUGUUACAAUGAAAAGUAACAUACACAUUCAUUGUCAUGUUACAAUGAAAAGUAACAUACACAUUCAUUGUCAUGUUACAAUGAAAAGUAACAUACACAUUCAUUGUCAUGUUACAAUGAAAAGUAACAUACACAUUCAUUGUCAUGUUACAAUGAAAAGUAACAUACACAUUCAUUGUCAUGUUACAAUGAAAAGUAACAUACACAUUCAUUGUCAUGUUACAAUGAAAAGUAACAUACACAUUCAUUGUCAUGUUACAAUGAAAAGUAACAUACACAUUCAUUGUCAUGUUACAAUGAAAAGUAACAUACACAUUCAUUGUCAUGUUACAAUGAAAAGUAACAUACACAUUCAUUGUCAUGUUACAAUGAAAAGUAACAUACACAUUCAUUGUCAUGUUACAAUGAAAAGUAACAUACACAUUCAUUGUCAUGUUACAAUGAAAAGUAACAUACACAUUCAUUGACAUGUUACAAUGAAAAGUAACAUACACAUUCAUUGUCAUGUUACAAUGAAAAGUAACAUACACAUUCAUUGUCAUGUUACAAUGAAAAGUAACAUAUACAUUCAUUGUCAUGUUACAAUGAAAAGUAACAUACACAUUCAUUGUCAUGUUACAAUGAAAAGUAACAUAUACAUUCAUUGUCAUGUUACAAUGAAAAGUAACAUAUACAUUCAUUGACAUGUUACAAUGAAAAGUAAUAUAUACAUUCAUUGACAUGUUACAAUGAAAAGUAACAUACACAUUCAUUGUCAUGUUACAAUGAAAAGUAACAUACACAUUCAUUGUCAUGUUACAAUGAAAAGUAACAUACACAUUCAUUGACAUGUUACAAUGAAAAGUAACAUACACAUUCAUUGUCAUGUUACAAUGAAAAGUAACAUACACAUUCAUUGUCAUGUUACAAUGAAAAGUAACAUAUACAUUCAUUGACAUGUUACAAUGGAAAGUAACGUAUACAUUCAUUGACAUGUUACAAUGAAAAGUAACGUAUACAUUCAUUGUCAUGUUACAAUGAAAAGUAACAUACACAUUCAUUGUCAUGUUACAAUGAAAAGUAACAUACACAUUCAUUGACAUGUUACAAUGAAAAGUAACAUACACAUUCAUUGACAUGUUACAAUGAAAAGUAACAUACACAUUCAUUGUCAUGUUACAAUGAAAAGUAACAUAUACAUUCAUUGUCAUGUUACAAUGAAAAGUAACAUACACAUUCAUUGACAUGUUACAAUGAAAAGUAACAUACACAUUCAUUGUCAUGUUACAAUGAAAAGUAACAUACACAUUCAUUGUCAUGUUACAAUGAAAAGUAACAUAUACAUUCAUUGUCAUGUUACAAUGAAAAGUAACAUACACAUUCAUUGACAUGUUACAAUGAAAAGUAACAUACACAUUCAUUGUCAUGUUACAAUGAAAAGUAACAUACACAUUCAUUGUCAUGUUACAAUGAAAAGUAACAUAUACAUUCAUUGUCAUGUUACAAUGAAAUUUAAAAAAAAAAAAAAAAAAAAAGAUUUCUCUAUACAUUAAAAUCAUACACUUUUUUAGCAGAUUGCCGCACAGAAAUUAGUACUAUUAUACUUUUUUAUGGGGGGAAAGGGGGAUGGUGGUUGGGGGAAGGUUGGCGGGAGGGGGGGGGGUGGUCCGAAUAUUUAUAUUCUAGGAAUCUUAGAUUUCUAGUUUUAAUACGUCUUUAAAGAUGGCCGUUAAAAUUUUCUCUAAGUUUACUUGCAAAGAAGACAGUGGAAUCAUUUUUAUUUUACCUUUUUAUUACUAGAGUUUUAAAAUUUUACACUUUGGUGAAUAAUUCUCCAAGUCUUUUACAGAUAAUGAUUCAUAAUUCAUACACUUGACGUAACCAUUACACCGCUAUCAAUAAGCCCCAAUGCAAGCCCUAAUGCACCCCUCACUGCUCUCCCUAGCUACACCCCCAAUCGCUACACCCCCUCCCCCCUCGUUACACCCAUUUUGAGCUCAUAACGAGAGUAUCAAAGGGCAACCCAAGAGGUAGAGCAGAUCAAAGCAAACAUAAACUCGCUGACAUUGGAGGUUACAGUUAUUUGCCUGAUUUCUGUAACAGCUACGGUCCGGGUACAUGUUCAGGUUACGUAAACAUGGAAUGUUUCUCAACAUAAGGUGGCGUUCUUACGUCUCGGCAGUAUGGAUCAGGUCAUCGACAUGUUGCAUCAGUGGCUAGCAGGGACGGACACAGUUUGCGGUGGGCUGGGGAUAAAGUAGUCCGAAAUCAUGGAUGCUUUUAGAAAUGCAUUUUGUAAUUUUUAUUUUUGUGUGCUGCUACUGACUCAACAGCCCCUACAGUCACAGACAUCCCUAACAACCUCACACAUUCUCAACAACUACAAGCAUCCCACACAUCUCAAAGUCCCACACGUCGCCGAUAGUCUCACACAUCUCUAAAAGUCCCACACUUCUCCAACAGUCCCAGACACCCCCCAACUUCCCCACACAUUCCCCAACAGCCCCAUUCAUCCCCAGCAGCCCCACAGAUUCCUUACAGCCCCACUCAUUCCCAACGGUCCCACACAUCUCUAACAGCCGCACACCAUUCCUUACAGCCCCACUCAAUCCCACACAUCCCCAACAACCCUACACCUCUCCCCGUUCCUUCUCACACCGUGCUGUGUAACCUGACGACUCCUAACACCAUCCCACACACACACAGACCACACGUCAACGUUGAUCCAUUUUCCGUCCUGUGCAUUAAUCUUUCCCAACAUCUGGACGCAAAACAAAUGAACCUAUUGUCUCUUUACUUUACGAUACAGUCGAUGUCACUUCCACUUCGCAUCAAUGUCUGUUGUCCAAGUACACCUGCGGGUGUCACAUUCACUUUUCAUCAAUGUCUGUUGUCCAAGUACACCUGUGGGUGUUGACACAUCCGUAUAGGGAUGUGAGAAAUCAGCCUGUUAGUAAUUCCCGCCUGAACAUAAACAAAAAAUAACACCAAAAAAAAAAAAAAAAAAAAAAAAAACAAAAAAAAAAAAAAAAAAAAAAAAAAAAAAAAAAAAAAAAACCAGCAAAAAACAAGUACACAAUUAUAAUCUAAUUAAUGUGCACUUUUUUUUUUUUUACCAAAAUAAAAAGCUAGUAAACUCAUGUCUUUAACUAUUUUCAUGAUAUGAUUUUCAAUUUAAACAGCUAGGCCUACCACCACCCUCCACUCUUGAACACAUAUUUUUCCAUGACAAAAAAAAUUAGAGCACACAUUUUUAUUUGAAUGAAAGUAUAAUUUAAUAAUUUUUUAUUUAGAUUCGCUAUUUUGAAGUAACGACCCAAAAUUUUGAUUUUUUUUUUUUUUAAAUAUAAUUUUCAGUUAUUUAUUGUGGAAUUAUUAGCUCACAAUGUUUAAAUAAAUUUAAAAAAAACAACACGAAAUUGCUUUAACUCAAGUACAUAUGGGUCUGCGAAGGGUUCUCAGUUAGGUCACGAAGAGGGGUUCUCGAUGGGGUCGCGAGGGGUUCUCAGUUGUGUCUCGGAAGAGUUCUCAAUAGGGUAACAGUUGGGCCUCGAAGGGUUCUUAAGUCUUAAGUGGAUGUUGAAAAAGGUUCUCUUUGGUUUGGGUUCGACGGCUGAAACGGUAAUUAAAAAAAAAAAAAAUAUCUUAUCAAUUUUCCAUAUUUCUUUUUCCACCAAUCUCUUUGAGAUUGAAUUUUCAUUUCUUCAUUAUUUAAAGGAAAAAAAUAAUAAAUAACAAACAUAAUAAAAAUGGUGACACAUGAGAAUUAAAACUAGGCUAGACUUAACCUAAUCCCAACAUCGCAUGAAAUUAAACUGAACUAUUUUAUGCUGCUAAAUAUUUUGUUUUUUAAUGUAUGAGUUCGCAUGUCACUUUGCUUAUAUAAAAAUUUGAACUUUAAAACAAAGGUUGAAACCAAUAUAAACAUAUUCAUACAUUAAACGACCAACUCAGCCUCUUAUUUAACAAUCCAUGUUUCAGGUUGCUAGGAGAUAACGCGCUGUCCCUGGGUGACGUCACUUCCGUAAAUUUAACUAUGUUAAAGGUAUCCUUUUGAAAUAUAAUUUUAUAAGGGACAUAUUUAAUUUUUUUCUUAGCAAAAAGGUCUACGGAGUUGAUAGCCAUCUAUUUAAAUGUAAUGGGAUUUAAUUUAAUGCUAAUUUAAUUUCUUUUAAAAAAGAUUUUAGUUCUGUUAUUUUCUGUAACAAUAAAGAUCAAUAAUAAUUGAUUUAAGAAAAAAAAAAUAUUUUUUGUUCGGACUGGUGUAUUCAUUGUGUUAAAUGCUUUUGUUUUAUUGAUAUUAAAAAUAAUAAUAACAAUUUUUUUAAAAUAAAAAAUUAUAAAAAAAUUUAUUUAAAAAAAAUAACGCAUCACAAAAGUGUGUACAUCAACAUUUCAUUUCUAUGCCAAGUCCAACCACGUUCCAAAUCAAUAAAUAUCCACGCCAAUACCGAACACUCAAUCAACUGGAGCAGAUUUAUCUUGGAGUUCAUCCAAAUUUAAUGUUCAACCUUUUUUUACGUGAAGGAAGAAAUGGCGAAACACCGCUUUGUUCGGCAAACAAUAUUUCAUUCGUUUUUUUCCUUCAAAUUUGCCUUGUCCUUCUGUAUGUCCAUAUAUACAGAGGCGUAGCUUGGUGGGGGCAGUGGGGGACAGAUGUCCCCGGGCGCCAGCUAGUUAGGGGCGCCAAAAUGUGCUUUGAUAAUAUUUUAUUGAUGAAAAUAAUGGAUUUGAGAGUUGAAAAAAAGAAAAAGGGGCGCUAAAAAUGGAUCUUGUCCCCGGGCGCGAAUCUUGUCCCCGGGCGCCAAACACCCUCGCUACGCCACUGUAUAAAUACGUACCUCUUUUCUUACUAAGUUGAGGAAUAAAUUCACAAAAUUUUAGCCGCAAUGAGUUGAAAAGGACCAAUUAUCAUUUUAACACCGAAACUCGUUUAAAUUUAAAGUUAACAAAAUGUACUCAAUUAACGUCAUCAAGAGGGUGGACAUAAUAAAAGGAAUGAUCAUAGUACACCUCUAGCGAAUUUUUAGUCAAUCUUGUAGAGCAGUGUUUCUCAACCAUCCUAAUUCCGCGACCCUUUAAUCGAGUUCCUCUUGUUGCGGCGACACCCAUCACAAAAUUACGUUCGUUGAUACUUCAUAACUUUAGAGUAUAUUUGUUUACCGAUGGUCUUAGGCGACCCCUGUGAUAGGGUCGUUCGACCCCCCAAAGGGGUCACGAUCCACAGGUUGAGAACCGCUGUUGUAGAGGCUCACAUGUCUUAAUGAAGAUAAAAUAUGUUCCAUUUCAGGGCGGCGUUCAGUUCAAUGUCGUGCCUGACUCCAUGAGUGCGGGUAAGAACUUUCCACUUCUAAAACUUCUUUAAAAAAUUUACAUCCAGUCAUUGUAUGCUUUUAGUCAGAUAUAGGAAACACCUGUUUUAGAUUUCUUUCAUCUACGACCUUGCCUAACGUUUGCAACGUCUUACAACCUUGACCCAGUUUUUUUUAAAGAUUCUCAAGCACUUCCCUCGUCUCACCAUCUCUUACUUUUCUCACCGAUUUUAUUUACAAAGGGCCGUUUAAGUUUUGAAUAUAACUAAAAUACGAGAAUGAUCUUGAAACAGAGAAUAAUCUUAACUACUAGAAUGUUCUUAAAUACGAGAAUAAUCUUACAAGUUCAAUACGAAACUAAUAUCAUAAAUAUGAGGAUGAUCUUGAAUGAUUGUGCUGAUAUAACAAAGACAUACAUCUGCUUCACUUUUCAGUUUCGAAAGGCUUUCCAGUCGUCUUCGCAAAAGAAACUUAGUUCAACUCAAACUUUUCAACCCCAAAAUGUUAUGGGAUUGUUUUAGAUCAAUACUAAAAAUUGGACACUCCAACUCCAAAGGCAACUUUGAUGAGUUGUCACGUACGUGUAUAAACUAUUGUUGUGUGUACACGAAACAAAGGAUGCAAUCUGCAGGUGUCAAUUGAAAAGGGGGAAUAAAUGACUAAGGUGACAAAUCUACGUUUCACAAGUCAUUGUUCUAAUAUUUGUACACGUGCCAAAAGUCACUGCCCCUGAUAUGUGUACACACGCAGCAGUCACAUGUGAAAACGUUACACAACACACCACCUCUGACAUGUGUACACAUGCCACAGCACCCAGACCCUGGCAUGUUUACACAUGUCGCAACACCCCCCCCUGAUAUUUGUACCCAUGCCUAGUCCCAACACCUGACGCAUAACACGUGUACACGUUACACACCACAUUGCCCCUGACAUAUGUACAGAUGCCUCCUGACACCAUUCAGUAACACUGACAUGUUCACACAAGAAACGUGUCACAACACACCAUCCGUCACAUGUGUACAUAUGUCACAACACACCACCCGUCACAUGUGUACAUAUGUCACAACACACCACCCGUCACAUGUGUGAAUAUGUCACAACACACCACCCGUCACAUGUGUACAUAUGUCACAACACACCACCCGUCACAUGUGUGCAUAUGUCACAACACACCACCCGUCACAUGUGUGCAUAUGUCACAACACACCACCCGUCACAUGUCUGCAUAUGUCACAACACACCACCAGUCACAUGUGUACAUAUGUCACAACACUACAGUGAGAUCACGCAAGAUUGAACCAGUAAAUGGAAAGCUAGAACCACAGAUUAAAGUAUUACCAGGGCUCUGCUAUUUGAAACACUAUUUUACAAAUAUUUUCGUCAAGUGUAUCAUUUGGACGACAGGCGAUUUUUGGCUAGUGUCCUAUCAGUUACGGAAUAAAGAACAAAAUCUAAUGUCUGCGAAAUCUGGUGCCUUAUACAAACAACUUUAUGUUAAUGAAACAUCAAAGCCCCAGCUUAUCUCAAUAAUACUCUGUUGUCAUGAACUGUCGUUACUUGCUACAAGGUAGAGUGUAAUCAUAUAACAUUCAAUUUAUUUAAUAGCUUUCAGCUAUCGGUUGUACAUGCAUGCAAUUGAGCUAUAAAAAUUAAUUUAAAUUUCAAUUAUUCAGGAUUCGACAUUCGCAUUCCUCCUAAUGUAAAUCUUGUUGAAUUCGAGAAAGUAUUGGAAAAAUGGCGCGAGGAGGCCGGAAGUGACGUCAGUUUCAAAUUUCAUCACGUAUGUCUCUGUGAAUUCGAUGGGAUUAGGGAAAAUUUUUAAUUUGUAAAUACUGACUGUUAAGAUUGAUGACUUCCUUAAAUUUUAACUAACAUAUUGCUCUAUAAUCAAGAAGAAUUAAAAAAAAAAGAUUUAUUCCGAUGCAGAUUAAAUUAUUUUUAAUUCAACUUGGUAGCCGAAAGCAGUGUAAUACUUUUUUUUUUUUAAAUUCCAUUUCUUUUUCAUAUAAAUGCUAUUUAUAUGAGUACAAUGUACGCUAAAAAUAUAUGUACAAAAAUUUUUUUAAAAAAAUUCUAUCUUUUCACAUUCUUCUCAGAAAACUACAAAUGAUCAUAUGACAGCCACAGACGACUCCAGUCCCUGGUGGGUUGCCUUCAACCAAGCGUGUGAUCAACUGUAAGUCAUUUACAUGAAAGGUCUUCUUGUGAAAGGUCUUCUUGUGAAAGGUCUUCUUGUGAAAGGUCUUCUUGUGAAAGGUCUUCUUGUGAAAGGUCUUCUUAUGAAAGGUCUUCUUGUGAAAGGUCUUCUUGUGAAAGGUCUUCUUCUGAAAGGUCUUCUUCUGAAAGGUCUUCUUCUGAAAGGUCUUCUUCUGAAAGGUCUUCUUGUGAAAGGUCUUCUUGUGAAAGGUCUUCUUGUGAAAGGUAUUCUUGUGAAAGGUCUUCUUGUGAAAGGUCUUCUUCUGAAAGGUCUUCUUCUGAAAGGUCUUCUUCUGAAAGGUCUUCUUCUGAAAGGUCUUCUUCUGAAAGGUCUUCUUCUGAAAGGUCUUCUUCUGAAAGGUCUUCUUCUGAAAGGUCUUCUUCUGAAAGGUCUUCUUCUGAAAGGUCUUCUUGUGAAAGGUCUUCUUGUGAAAGGUCUUCUUGUGAAAGGUCUUCUUGUGAAAGGUCUUCUUCUGAAAGGUCUUCUUGUGAAAGGUCUUCUUGUGAAAGGUCUUCUUCUGAAAGGUCUUCUUGUGAAAGGUCUUCUUCUGAAAGGUCUUCUUCUGAAAGGUCUUCUUCUGAAAGGUCUUCUUCUGAAAGGUCUUCUUCUGAAAGGUCUUCUUCUGAAAGGUCUUCUUCUGAAAGGUCUUCUUCUGAAAGGUCUUCUUCUGAAAGGUCUUCUUCUGAAAGGUCUUCUUCUGAAAGGUCUUCUUGUGAAAGGUCUUCUUGUGAAAGGUCUUCUUGUGAAAGGUCUUCUUCUGAAAGGUCUUCUUCUGAAAGGUCUUCUUCUGAAAGGUCUUCUUCUGAAAGGUUCUGAAAGGUCUUCUUCUGAAAGGUCUUCUUCUGAAAGGUCUUCUUCUGAAAGGUCUUCUUGUUUGCAUCUAACAUGUUCAAAUUAUUAAUUUUAAAAAAACAAAAAACAAUCAGCCCUAAACCAUAAGUUAUCAAUCUUGGGAAUUUUUUUUUUUAAAGUGAUUAAAUUAUUACCACUGACGACAAUUCGAAUUAAGAACUGAGCGUGGUUAAUAUCAUUUAUAUCAACUGAUCAUGGGUAAUAUCAGCUUACCAUUGGUAAAAUCAACUUAUCGUGGUUAAUACAAACUUAUCCUGAGUAAUAUCAACUUUUCGUGGGUAAUAUCAACUUAUCAUGGGUAGUAUCAACUUAUGAGGGAUUAUAUCAACUGAUGGCAGGUGAUAUAACUGAUCAUGGGUGAUAUCAACUGAUCAUGGGUAAUAUCAUUUUUGUAAGUUAAUUUUUCAACAAGGAAAAUCAUUUCAAAGCGUGUCUUAAAUCAGGGCGCCAACUCUGGGGCGUGGGAAAGGGGUAAAGAAGGAGCACUGGUUUUUACCUAUAUUGACGAAAGGCUUGUUCGGCCAAAUGUAGUUUGUUUUAAAGAAGGGGAGGGAAUCAUUCUUGACCCGCCCCUGGUGGCACUUACCAUAGCUACACCACUGCACUCAGUACAGCACUGCACCCACUACAGCACUGCACCCACUACAGCACUGCACCCACUACAGCAAUUCGUUGUGUUGUGAAUUUAUUUUUAUAAUUUCUUUCUCACUCUUCCAUCACCUCUUGAUUUCAUUGAAUGAACUCGUUCUACAUUAUAAGAUAUUACCUUUUAAUUCUAAUAAAAUAACAUCACAUAGCUAUUAACAUUAUUUCAUUCUAACCUAUAUUCCUUACAAUUUUAUCCUACUUAUUAGUAUGCAACAUGAAACUGUGUUAUCCUGGUUUGGGAGAUAAGUUCAUUAAUUGAUCCCAAGCACGAAGAAUUAUAAUCGAAAACGAUUUUCAUCUUGGCUGUCAUCGACUUCAACAACAACUUUUCGGACCAUGAAUAAUUUACGAUGAAGCCAUGGUCAUGCCACUGCACAGACGCACAGUUUGAUAGGACCACAUGCCGCCAGUGUGAGAAUGCCCGCGGCCCUCCGUUAAAACCAUGUUGUUAUUCCCCCCCCCCCCCUCAAUCCUCCACAUGAAGCAUCUGCCAGCGUUAUCAGAGGGAAGCUCUUCCUCUCCCGUGUGUAAGAUGAAGCCAUGGUCAUGCCACUGCACAGACGCCAAGUUUGAUAGGACCACAUGCCGCCAGUGUGAGAAUGCCCCCGGCCCCCCGUUAAAACCAUGUUGUUUUUCCCCCCCCCCCCUCAAUCCUCCACAUGAAGCAUCUGCCAGCGUUAUCAGAGGGAAGCUCUUCCUCUCCCGUGUGUACAACACUGUAUGAAAUAUUAUUGUUAUGACGAACAUCCGCGACAGCUGGGGGCGAGAGUAGGACUGGAUGACGUAAAGGUCAAAACAACAAAUGAAAGUAACAGAAGAAUGUAACACUUCAUCGUGUGAAAAUGUUGGUAAACAUUUCUUAGUGUGUAAUGCAGCAGCGUUGAUGAUCAUUCCUAAUGACCCAUCAAUAAUUCACCCCACAAACUGUACCUCCACAGAUGUUCAAGAAAUUAUCAACCAAAAAGAAAAGGCGAUGUGGGGAGGGGAAUGUUUUACUUUUGACAGUUCAGGACAACUAUUGGCUUUGGGAUAACCUGCCAUAAGUGAAUGUUAUCUAUUUAUGCUUCAUUCAAAACAACACAAUGGUGCGUUGGUAUUAUGAAUAAUGUUCAGUACCUUGAGUUACUCCAAUCUACAUUGUUCCACAAGGUCUGACGUUAGCACUGUUCCAAGUGUCUUAUUUAUUUUCCAAUAGUGUUGAAAACGUUAAUCUUCACCAAUGUCUGGGGCUAAUCUUCACCAAUGUCUGGAGCUAAUCUUUACCAACGUCUGGGGUUAAUCUUUACCAGUUUCUGGGGCUAGUCUUCACCAAUGUCUGGGGCUAAUCUUAUCCAGUGUCUGGGACUAAUCUUCACCAAUGUCUGUUGCUACGUGCUAAUCUUCACCAGUGCCUUGGGCUGUAUAUAUAAUCUUCACUAAUGUCUGAGGCUAAUCUUCACCAAUGUCUGGGGCUAAUCUUCGACAAUGUCUGGGGGCUAAUCUUCGACAAUGUCUGGGGCUAAUCUUCACCAAUGUCUGGGGCUAUUUUUAAUGACUCUUCUAUCUCCGUCCUUUAGGAUGUCCUUUGGCACAGAUGAACUCGACAUGCUUGGGAAGAUCGCUUCAAAGGGCGACAAUAGGGGCUAAUUGUUGAAACAAUGAACUAUUUAAAUAUCCUGCCUUAUUGAGAUGUCUUGAUUGAUUUUCUCCCUUGUUUCAGGGGAAUCACUUUGAGAAAAGAGAUCUUUCCGGCAGGGACGGAUGGUAGAAAUCUUCGCAUGGUAUGUAUGAGUGGUGCAUUUUUUGGUGUCGGGGGGGGGGGGGGGUGUGUGGGGGGGGGGCAACCCACGGGGGCCAAGGGUUCUUUUGGGGAAAAAAAAUAAACAUGUAGAGCACUAAGAACAUGUAUGUAGAAGAUGUUACAAGUGCAUUGAGGCGAUGUAUAACUUGUGGGUAGAAGAUGUUACAAGUGUAUUGAGGCGAUGUACAACUUGUGGGUAGAAGAUGUUACAAGUGUAUAGAGGCGAUGUAUAACAUAUGUAGCUGAUGUAUUGAGUGCGAGAAGUUGUAAUAAAUAAGUAGAAGAUGUUACAAGUGUUGUGAGACGAUGUACAAAUUAUAGGUAGAAGAUGUUACCAAUGUAGUGAGACGAUGUACAACUUGUGGGUAGAAGAUGUUACAUGUGAAGUGAGACUAUGCAUAACUUGUGGGUAGAAGAUGUUACAUGUGUUUAGUGAGACUAUGUACAACUUGUGGGUAGAAGAUGUUACAAGUGUAGUGAGACGAUUUACAACUUGUGGGUAGAAGAUGUUAGAUGUGUAGUGAGACUAUGUACAACUUGUGGGUAGAAGAUGUUACAUGUGUAGUGAGACGAUGUACAACUUGUGGGUAGAAGAUGUUACAUGUGUAGUGAGACUAUGUACAACUUGUGGGUAGAAGAUGUUACAUGUGUAUUGAGACUAUGUACAACUUGUGGGUAGAAGAUGUUACAUGUGUAGUGAGACUAUGUACCACUUGUGGGUAGAAGAUGUUAUAUGUGUAUUGAGACGAUGUACAACUUGUGGGUAGAAGAUGUUACAUGUGUAGUGAGACUAUGUACAACUUUUGGGUAGAAGAUGUUAGAUGUGUAGUGAGACUAUGUACAACUUGUGGGUAGAAGAUGUUACAUGUGUAGUGAGACGAUGUAGUAAUAACGUGCGGCGUUACGAAAGAAGAACAUGUAGAAAGGGUUAUUUGCAUCGUCUCACUGCAUGAUAUGUUGAGUUAAGCUCUCACUCGAACCCUUGAACGAAUGUCAUUGAUCCUUAUAGUGACCAUCAGUGUUGUGUUUAAUACGGAGUUGUGUUGGCAAUGUGGCAUUUUGACUUUCCUAGGUCGUAAUAGGGGUGUACUGGGGGAUGAAGUAGGUGAGUUGUGCUGGCAGUGUUGUAUUUUGACUUUACGACGGUGUAAUGGGGUGUGGACAGUAAGAUGAACUAAAUGAAUUUUACUGAGAGGGUAACUGUUGAGAGGGUAACUGUUGACAGGGUAACUGUCGAGACGGUAACUGUCGAAAGGGUAACUGUUGAAAGGGUAACUGUUGAGAGGGUAACUGUUGAGAGGGUAACUGUUGAGAGGGUAACUGUUGAGAGGGUGACUGUUGAGAGGGUGACUGUUGAGAGAGUAACUGUUGAGAGGGUAACUGUUGAGAGGGUAACUGUUGAGAGGGUAACUGUUGAGGGGAUGGGAUGUAGCAGAUUGAUUUUCAAGACAUUUCGUUUUUAAUUCAUUUUGGUUUAAAAAACGUGCAUACAUCUACAUGUACCAACAUAUACCAACAUAUUCCUUGCUAAAUCCAGUUUGCGCUCAUGUUUAACUCAUUUCAUCAGAACCAUCCAACUCUUAAAAUAACAUUUCUGACCUAGGUUUGCAUUGAUUGUUCUACAGCUCAACAUUCCAGUCCUGGGUUUCUCACCAAUGAACCGGACACCUGUGCUCCUCCAUGACCACAACGAGUUCCUCAACGAAAAGGUCUUCGAGCGAGGCGUGGACAUUUACGCGCAGGUCCUGCAAGCUCUCGCCAAUGUUUGAGGCGUCGCUUAGAGUUACGCCUCUUGGUUGAUCUGAUUACACAGACCAUGAAACCCGACACUCACCGUAAUGAAACCACCACUCGUCGUAUUGAAAGAGAAAUCAAUUUGAUGAUUGCGCCUCGUAUUUUUAAUUUAACAGAAAUAAUUGUAUUCGGGUUAUCAAAAUAACCAAUACGUGUCAUAAGCAGAGUGUUAAAAUAAUCGAAUAUGCAAUAUACCUUUUUUUAAAAUAAAGUCAAUUGUGGGAUAAUGUAUUUGAUUUAGCUUUUACAUACGGCGAUGAAAGGGAAGUGUGUUAGAAAUAUCCUCAAAUAUCGUUUACAUUAUAUAUAUAUUUUUUUAAUGCUUGAAACGUUUGUACAUUUUCUUUGUAAACCACAUAUUUAAACUAAGUUAUAAAGUAAUAUAAGAGCAUAUUUAAAUUAAAUUAAAUAAUGUUCUAGUCCAGUGGUUCUUAACCUUCCUAAUGCCGCGACUCUUCAAUACAGUUUCUCAUGUCGUGACGACCCCCAGCCACACAAUUAUUUUCGUUGCUACUUAAUAGCUGUAAGUAUAUGUUUUUUUUUCAGAUGGCCUUAGGCGACCCCUGGGAUAGGGUCGUAUGACCCUCAGGGUUCGUGACCCAAAGGUUGAGAACUGCUGUCAAACUAUGUCAGGUUUCUUGGCGUAGUAUGUUGUCAUGCGCUCAGCCAGGCACAAGCUGGUAGGAAUAAAUUUAUUUCCAGAGACAGAUUUUUAUAACGUCUCUUUAGGUUUAUAUAAAAAGUGUUUAAGAAGGUCUCUUUGGGUUUCCAUAAUUACUUAUGUUUCCGUGGCUGAACGGUAAGAUGAUUUGAUGUCCAUGACUGAGCAGUAAGAUGACUUGAGUGUCCAUGACUGAUCAGUAAGAUGACUCGAGUGUCCAUGACUGAGCAGUAAGAUGACUUGAGUGUCCAUGACUGAGCAGUAAGAUGACUCGAGUGUCCAUGACUGAGCAGUAAGAUGACUCGAGUGUCCAUGACUGGGCAGUAAGAUGACUUGAGUGUCCAUGACUGAGCAGUAAGAUGACUCGAGUGUCCAUGACUGAGCAGUAAGAUGACUCGAGUGUCCAUGACUGAGCAGUAAGAUGACUCGAGUGUCCAUGACUGAGCAGUAAGAUGACUCGAGUGUCCAUGACUGAGCAGUAAGAUGACUUGAGUGUCCAUGACUGAGCAGUAACAUGACUUAAAUUUCCAUGAUUGAGCAGUAAGAUGAGUUGUGUGUCCGUAACCGAAUAAAAAUGUGUGUUUUAAUUAUAAGUUAGACAGUGGGUUGGUAUUAAUUUGGCUGUCAGUUAUAAGUUAGACAGUGGGUUGGUAUUAAUUUGGCUGUCAGUUAUAAGUUAGACAGUGGGUUGGUAUUAAUUUGGCUGUCAGUUAUAAGUUAGACAGUGGGCUGGUAUUAAUUUGGCUGUCAGUUAUAAGUUAGGCAGUGGGCUGGUAUUAAUUUGGCUGUCAGUUAUAAGUUAGACAGUGGGUUGGUAUUAAUUUGGCUGUCAGUUAUAAGUUAGACAGUGGGCUGGUAUUAAUUUGGCUGUAAAUUAUAAGUUAGACAGUGGGUUGGUAUUAAUUUGGCUGUCAGUUAUAAGUUAUACAGUGGGCUGGUAUUAAUUUGGCUGUCAGUUAUAAGUUAGACAGUGGGUUGGUAUUAAUUUGGCUGUCAGUUAUAAGUUAGACAGUGGACUGGUAUUAAUUUGGCUGUCAGUUAUAAGUUAGACAGUGGGUUGGUAUUAAUUUGGCUGUCAGUUAUAAGUUAGGCAGUGGGCUGGUAUUAAUUUGGCUGUCAGUUAUAAGUUAGGCAGUGGGCUGGUAUUAAUUUAGCUGACAGUUAUAAGUUAGACAGUGGGCUGGUAUUAAUUUGGCUGACAGUUAUAAGUUAGACAGUGUGUUUGUUUUAAUACGGCUGUCAGUUUUUGUAAACGGGGAGGGGGGCAUACCUUUACAACUGCUUGGCACCACAAUUCAGAUGAUCAACGUGCUGAGAUAAAUCUUCUGGACGCUGCACACGGUUCCAAUAAUUGAUAUUACCGACAAGGAUGAAGUUAUAUCAUUUCUCGUAAACAAGAGCCAAAAUAAUAAACUUAAUCAAAAAAGAAAAAUAGUGAUCAUUUAUUUAAAAACCAAACAAACAAACGCGUGCCAUGAUACGAAUAAAAUAGCCGUAGAGUAAAAGUUUUUAAACGGUGGUAAAAUUAUGACGUAAUGAUAGAGCGGCACGGACAGCUUAUCGGAUCUCCCAGCUGAACCAGGUUGAUACCUUGUGUUAAGAGCCUAAUGGGGAAACGUGUCGAGUUUCUGUUGGCUGCGUCAUCGCGGGCAGUUGAGAUUAGUGGGAGUUAUGGCCCGUUGCUGAAGGACUUUGUCAAUAUAGAUUGGCAUUAAAAAAAAUAUCUAACAAUCCUUGCAUGCCGACUUUCACAGGAUACAGAUUAAAGCAAUAGUGCCGUUAUGCAAGCUCCUGAAGCCGAUAUUAUUGGAUAUCAUUAAACUAAUGUGUGGAUUUAUUUUUAAAAAGAAGAUCUUAAUACAUAUUUUUUUAAACGUUAUACAAAAUAAUUUAAAGAAAAAAAAUAUUUUCCAAAAGUUGACUAAAAGAAUAAAACAAAUAAAGUUUUUUUUUUUUUUUUUUAAAGGGUUUGGGGGGGGGGGGGGGGGUUUUUUUUUUUUUUUUUUUUUUUUAAGGGGUUGGGGGGGGGGGGGGGAGGGUCUUUAAUUUUAUACUGUUUUAUUGUAUACCUUUUUUGUCUUGGAAGAUAUAAAACACAAAAUAAUAUAAUGGAACAUGAUUUAAGAAGUGUCUAAAAUAUAAUGUGACAAAACCACCCAUAAAAACAAAGUUUGUCGUGCAAAUUCUUUAGAGAAUAUAAUAAUCGAGCAACGGGGGGGGGGGGGGCUGAAAGUCAUAUUAACAUGCUAUGAAAGGGGAUUUUUUGGGGGCUGCGCAGGAUUAGUCACAUCAGGCCCUUCCUAACAAUUGAUGCAACAAAGAGGCUGAUGUCUGCAUUUGUGCUAUCACGCAUGGACUAUUGCAAUGCUCUCAUGGUGGGUCUUCCAGCUACGCUCCUGGAUAAAAUUCAAAUAGCACAGAAUAAUGCGGCUCGCAUAGUUCUCCGCAAACGCAAAUUUGACCAUGCCAAAACACUUCUGAGAGAGUUGCAUUGGCUGCCGGUGCGUGCUCGCAUAGAGUACAAAAUCGCAACUUUGUGCUACCGCUGCUUACAUGACCUGGCGCCGUCCUAUCUGAAAGAGCUGCUGACGCCUUAUGUACCCAGUAGAGAGCUCCGCUCAUCCGAUAGUGGCAAACUCUCGACACCACGUGUUUGCCUUGAGACUUACGGAAAGCGCACUUUCGCAUUUGCUGGUCCAACAAUUUGGAACGCCCUUCCUGUCGAUCUUAGAAACAACCAGACACUGGAGUCCUUUAAAACCGAUCUAAAGACACAUCUAUUUCGCAAAUACCUUCUGGGAUGAUUGUCUACCUUAUUUUCCAGUUAAUGCAUAAUGGCUGUGUUGCUCCGGGUUGAAAUGGCUAGAAAGACUUUGACAUUGUAUGCUUGUAAUUAGUUUUUGUAGUGUUGCGUUUGUUUUAAAUGUGGUUAAUUAUAGAUAUGUUUUUUGUUGACUUUGUACCGCGCUUCGAGCCUUUGGGGAUGAAGCGUGUUUUUGAAAUGAACUUUAUUAUUAUUAUUAUUAUUAAAAUUCGAGGAAACAUGCAUUCAAGUAACGCACUUUAUAAGAAACCCAAAUAGUUCUUCACCCCCCACCCCCACCCCCUUUUAGGUAUUGCUACCGCACACAUUAUUUCAAGCCUCUGAACUAUGUAAAUACAGAUUUGUUACACCAAAAAUCUUAGAAAAACUAAAGAAAAUACGAAGCACCAAAAGCACUUUAGCGCAGUUAUCGGGAAUCUCAUUUCCAAAAAUCAGUGUGAUCCUUAUUUCCUUCCUUUUCCAAUUGAAAAAAGAGGAGACAAAACUGAUUUUUGGGUGAUUUUGGGGAGCGGCUCGAAAUUUGACAGAAUCUGUUGUCAUCGGUAACGAGUCUAGGUGCCAAGUUUCAGCUGCACCAGUUGACGGGAAGUGGGUCAAUUAGACUUCCGAAGAUUUUUGCCACAAACCCCAAAAGAAACACACGAACGAAAGCGAAAUUAACAGAAAGGAUUGAAUGGAGCAACCCUUGGAAACGUAGUUUCUCAUCUAAAUCCUUGGUAUGCAUCUUUUAUUAUUUUACUUUAUAGCAAUAUUUUAAUGACCCAUCCGCUUUUACACCACUAUUUAUUCCACCAACUAUUUUAGAAAAAAAAGCCAAAAAGAAACAUUGCGCACUAAACUCACUUGCGCUAUUUAAAAAAAAAAUCUCAUUUUGCGCAGUUAUUUGGAGUUAUAUUUCGUAAAAUCAUUGUCAUCAUAUUUCUUUUUUUUUUUUUUUUUUUGCGAAACAGGAAAACAUGAUUUUGAGGGGUUGGGGUAAGAAGCGGGGCAAAAAAAUUGAAAGAACGUGUUGUCAUGGGCAACGAGUCUAUGUGUCAAGAUUUGUUUUUUUUUUUUUUUUUUUUUUUUUUUUUUUUGCGAAACAGGAAAACAUGAUUUUGAGGGGUUGGGGUAAGAAGCGGGGCAAAAAAAUUGAAAGAACGUGUUGUCAUGGGCAACGAGUCUAUGUGUCAAGUUUCAGCUCGAUAGGUUGAGGAGAAGUGGGUCAUUGGCCGUCCGAUGAUUUUGCCACACACCCAGCCAGCCAGAAACACAAGAACAAAAGCGAACUUAAUAUUAAAGAAGGAAAGAGUAGAACAAGGUAUGUGGAAGCUUGUAUGAAAAGACAGGACAAGAAGAAAAGAACGUUUGGGCUAAGAGUCUUCCUUAGCAGGCAGGACGAAGAAAAAUAUGACGCGAAAUAGAAACUAGUGAAAACUUAAGAUAUCGCCAUUGUUGUUGCCGGAAGUUGAAAUUUUACAAAAUGUCAGCUUUGAAAGUGGUAAUACUUCAUACGUAAUAUUCUGUGCUUAGUGAGUGGAAAUAUCGUGAACGCAGUAGAUGCACGGGUUACGCUAAAUUGGUCUCAGCAAGUUAGUGCGAUGGGAGGAGAGGUGAAAGGUUAGUGGUGACCUUACUGUGGUAAACAUCUUGUUGGUCAUUGUUGGUUUGUAUCGAGAACGAGUAACCCUGGAUAAAGAAAACGCUGUAGUGAAAUCCAGAUGUCUCUAUCCCUUUCCGUUCCUGGAUAUCCGCAGAGGUCACUCAAUGGUCAGUGAAGGUUUGGAUUGUCGUUUGGAUUUCAGCUAAUGGAGUUCAUGAAUUUUGUCAAAAUUGAGAUGCAAGAUUUGACCCACAGGAUUCCCUUAAGGGUGAGUGGAGAUCAUUGGUGACCCACUGAUCAUCAAAGGUUGUAUUGUCAUCGGGAGGGGGUAAGUGUGCAAAGUUUCAGCUCAAUUGAAGAUCAGGAAGCGGGUCAAAAUUUGAGAGGUCAAAGUUGACCACGCGCAAGCUAGACAUGGGUCAAAAUUGAAAGGUCAAAGUUGACCACACGCAAGCUUGAUGUGUGUCAAAAUUGAGAGGUCAAAGUUGACCACGCACAAGCUAGACGUGGGUCAAAAUUGAGAGGUCAAAGUUGACCACACACAAAUUUCAUGUGGGUCAAAAUUGAAAGGUUAAAGUUGACCACACACAAGCUUGAUGUGUGUCAAAAUUGAGAGGUCAAAGUUGACCACGCACAAGCUGUACGUGGGUCAAAAUUGAAAGGUCAAAGUUUGACCACACACAAUCUAGACGUGGGUCAAAUCUGAGAGGUCAAAGUUGACCACACACAAGCUAGACGUGGGUCAAAAUUUAGAGGUCAAAGUUGACCACACACAAGCUUGAUGUGGGUCAAAAUUGAAAGGUCAAAGUUGACCACACGCAAGCUUGAUGUGUGUCAAAAUUGAGAGGUCAAAGUUGACCACGCACAAGCUAGACGUGGGUCAAAAUUGAGAGGUCAAAGUUGACCACACACAAAUUUCAUGUGGGUCAAAAUUGAAAGGUUAAAGUUGACCACACACAAGCUUGAUGUGUGUCAAAAUUGAGAGGUCAAAGUUGACCACGCACAAGCUGGACGUGGGUCAAAAUUGAGAGGUCAAAGUUGACCACACACAAGCUUGAUGUGGGUCAAAAUUGAAAGGUCAAAGUUGACCACACACAAGCUAGACGUGGGUCAAAAUUGAAAGGUCAAAGUUUGACCACACACAAUCUAGACGUGGGUCAAAUCUGAGAGGUCAAAGUUGACCACACACAAGCUAGACGUGGGUCAAAAUUUAGAGGUCAAAGUUGACCACACACAAGCUUGAUGUGGGUCAAAAUUGAAAGGUCAAAGUUGACCACACGCAAGCUUGAUGUGUGUCAAAAUUGAGAGGUCAAAGUUGACCACGCACAAGCUAGACGUGGGUCAAAAUUGAGAGGUCAAAGUUGACCACACACAAAUUUCAUGUGGGUCAAAAUUGAAAGGUUAAAGUUGACCACACACAAGCUUGAUGUGUGUCAAAAUUGAGAGGUCAAAGUUGACCACGCACAAGCUGGACGUGGGUCAAAAUUGAGAGGUCAAAGUUGACCACACACAAGCUUGAUGUGGGUCAAAAUUGAAAGGUCAAAGUUGACCACAAACAAGCUUGAUGUGGGUCAAACUUGAGAGGACAAAUUGACCACACACAAGCUUGAUGUGGGUCAAAAUUGAGAGGUCAAAGUUGACCACACACAAGCUUGAUGUAGGUCAAAAUUGAGAGGUCAAAGUUGACCACACACAAGCUUGAUGUAGGUCAAAAUUGAAAGGUCAAAGUUGACCACACACAAGCUAACUCAAAAGAAAAAAAAAAAAGAUUAUUCCUGUCCAUAAGUGUUUCCACUUGACCCCAAUUUAAAAGCAGAACAUUCAUUUGUUAGGCAGGCUUCUACAUCUCCAUUCAUUGACACGCGCUAGUUUACCGGCUCAACGUAAAGCUUAGUCAUUGGAUCAAAUAAAAUAACGCUGACUUCAGGAAAUGAGAAAAUAAAACUACAUUUUUAAAAUCUUCUUUUACAAUGACAAAUGGGCGGCUUCUUUCAGAUCUCCGUACAUCUUGACUGUGAUAGACAUGAAAUGUUCAAUAAUUUUGGGUAAGACCUAUCUGAAGUAUUCACCUUUGUAUGUGCCGUUUGGAUUUUAUGCAGAACUAAGUUUGCUUUUAAAUCUAGAUUUAAAAAAAAAAUCAACCUUAUUUUUAUACGCAUUUAAAUUCUGAAACUUUAAAUUUGUCUCUUUAAUUAUUAGACUAAGCUCUCUAUUUUGUCCGCAGAGAUUUGCAGCCAACAAACAAAACAGGCGUCAUGUUUCAGUUUGGUCCACUUGACAAAAUUGUGUAGACCUCUUGACUCAUUGGCAUUAGAACGAACUUUUACGACCAUGGAACACCGUGGUCUGGUGCUAACCAACAAAGAUGUAAUCGAUUUGAUGUAAUCGAAGGGUAAUAAAUUUAACAAAACCCCACAGUGGGAUUUAAAGAGAGAGAAAAAUGAAAUAUUCCAAUCAUUUCCGAUGCCAGCAGAUUACCAUGGGCAAACAGAGAAGUCGGAUAGCUAAUGGGAUUGCAGCUGAAAAUCGUUUGAUUGUGUUAGCAUUGUUAUCGGGGGAGUGGUGUUGCCGUUGUCAGGCUCAAACGGGUUCUACCUUUAAAAAAAACAAAAAACUAAAUAAACAAAAAAAAAAAACUUCAGUGUUCAUGCGCUUGCAUUUAUUGUAUUUUUAUAACGAAUUUUGUGCAAGGUUUGAUUUAACAAGUGAUUAAAGCUGUAAAUAAAUGAAUUCAUUAUUUAAUUCAGUAUUUGUGUAUCAUGUCUAUUCAAUUAUACACUCACGCAGUUCAGAGCUUAGCAAUCUAUCCUUAGACUUCUAUUUAUUGUAAACAUUUUAGCGCCUAAACAUCUGGCCUAUAUUGUGGUUCUAAUUUGUAGACUUAAGAUCAUAUUAUGUUUAUGUACGUGUUAAAUUACACAGGCCAUAAAAUACCAAGACCGGAUCCCAGACGCAAAUAAAUUUAUGACACGUCCCGUGUUAUGUUAGAUGUUGUAAAUUAUCAUCAACUGAGCAUAGACUGGGUUUUUCUAAUAACACUUGUCGAUCGAAGAAACAUGUUCGUAAUCUCUAAUCAACCCACUGCUGUAAAUUGAAUGGAAAUUUGGCAAGAUCUCAACAAAUGUCAGGAUUGUUGUAAUUUCCCUUGGAUUAAUAUUGUGCUUGCUUCCCUUGGGUUUUAAUAAUUAAUUUCAUAAUGGGACCACGUAGUGAAGCAGUUCAAAGUGGCACACGGAUAGUGCCAAUACCUUUCAAGGGAUAUUUUAGAAGUUUUAAGACGAUUGCAAUGUACACAUACUCAGCGCCAUACAGAGGACGACAUUAAAUCAUUCCGGGCUAAUGUGGAGCUAACGUGGAACUAAUGUGGAGCUAUAAUGUCAAACAAAUGUGGAACUACUGUAAGGCUAAUGUGGAACUAAUGUGAGACUAAUGUGUAACUACUGUGAAACUAAUGUGGAACUACUGAGAAACUAAUGUGGAACUACUGUGAGACUAAUGUAGAACUACUAUGAAACUAAUGUGGAACUACUGGGAAACUCAUGUGGAACUACUGUAAGACUAAUGUAGAACUACUGUAAGACUAAUGUGGAACUACUGGGAAACUAAUGUGAAACUACUGAGAAAAUAAUGUCAUACAUUUGAAACUAAAGGUGAACAAUUGUGGAUGCAAUUAAAUGUGUACGUAAUUUCAAGUACAUGUUUUUGAGCAUAUACAGGUACGUGCCUUUGAAGACUGAAAGUUUGAACAGUUCAACUUUAUAAAAAAACAACAACUGACAAAACCCUUUAAAUAGGCCGCUCUAAGGUCUGAGGACCGUAUCAAAAUGGCCGGCCGCUCUAAGGUCUGAGGACCGUAUCAAAAUGGCCGGCCGCUCUAAGGUCUGAGGACCGUAUCAAAAUCGCCAAUAAAGAAAGACAAAGAAAUACGUUGAAGGAAACGUUAUUAGAUUUUUGUAAGGCUUGAGGUGCUCCAACAAAGAUGAUCCAACAAAGAUGAUCCAACAAAGAUGAUCCGACAAAAAUGAUCCAACAAAGAUGAUCCAACAAAGAUGAUCCGACAAAAAUGAUCCAACAAAGAUGAUCCGACAAAAAUGAUCCAACAAAAAUGAUCCGACAAAAAUGAUCCAAUAAAAAUGAUCCAACAAAGAUGAUCCGACAAAGCUGCUCCAACAACUAGCUCUUCUUCUUCUUCUUCUUUAUUUUGAGGGCCCACGAUCAAUGAAUUGAUCACUCUGGCUCCUUUUGUUCAGACAGGAAGUGAAUAGAUCUAAAGAAGCGAAAAAGUAGGUAAAACGUGUCCAGUAGCGGUGGAGGUAACCUAGUUUAAAAAGGUUGUUAAAUUGGUGAAAACCUUGGGGAAACUCAGUUGGUGGCGUUCUGUGGCACUUAGUGCAUCGACGUAAAAUGUCACUGUAUCACUGCGACUUAGUGCGUCUACAUAAAAUGUGGCGAUAUUUUUUUUAAUGGUUUUGCAGCUUUAACAAAAAUGUUUAUGGAAAGCGGGAGGGGUAAGGGUGUGAGAUAUCGAGAAAACCCGAAGGAAUAAUUUUUUCCAAAAUAUAAUUUUAUGUUAUAGAUUGAAAGAAUAAUCAUAAUUGUAAAAAAAUUAAAUAUCUUGAAGGCUACUGCGUAAACCUAACCCAGACUGCAUGUGUUGAAGGAUCGCUCUUCUAUCCCAAUUCAAUGCAGUGUCAUUCGUCUGCUAACUGUUUUUGCCUGUCCAGAAAGCUGUUGCAAGAAAAAAAAAAUCAAUAUUUAAUAUCCGAAACCUGGGAGAAAUUCUACACCAUGCAUACUGCUGGAUGGCUGGAUGGCUGGAUGGCUGGAUGGCUGGAUGGCACAUGCAGCUCGCCGGAUGGCAGUAACGGGUUGAUUUAAGGAUUUGUUUCAAGGGCGGUUCCUUGUCCUGUAUGAUACUUAAAAACGACUCUUCUCUAGCACGUGCCUGUGAGACUGGGAUCACGAUCGUUGGAGUCUGGGCGAAGGCUUCAAAUAAUGAGAAGGAAUAAUAUGCCUUCAUACAACACCGACACACACAAUCAUACACACAGCUACACAUACAAAUGGUUAUUUUGCUCGAUACAUACACGUUAUCAGAAAUAUUGUUUCAGUGUUGUUGUUUUUUUACCCUUUUUUAAAAUCCCGUGACUGUUUUGUGUACCCCAUAAAAGAACAUUGGCGUGGCUGGUUAACUUUUUUUUAUGUCUUAUAAUUUCUUGGAGCAUUUCCAUGUCAACUAAUACCACGCAAAAUAUUGAUUCCUGGUGAAAAUAACACCAAAGUUCAAAGUUCAACUUUAGUCAUAUGUGAAAUUAUAUGACAUUCACUGCAAGUGAAAGUAGUGUAUUAAAUAUACACAAAUAACACACCACACUGCUCCCAAUUACUCCCCUCCCCCUUAUUCUAAACUUGAAAAUUCCGCCUUCUUCCGUUUGAGAAUCACUGAAAUAGGAGCCCAUACUUGUCCAGUUUUGGCAAAGAAGUAUGUAAGGGACGGUAUUUAGUUUUUAAAUAAAUCAUAUUUGUUAAGGUCUUACCUCCCGCAUUUAUUUAAUAUAAUUUACCGGUUUAUUAUUAAAAAAAGGGGGGUGUUUAAAAAAAAAAAUCAAGUAGGUCUACAUCAAAUGUAUAUUAUUCAAUCAACAUAGCCCUUUAUUAAAAUAGACCAUUUUAUCAUAGUAUUUAAGUUAGUCCUGUCUGACUUAGACCAAAUAAAUAGACCAGAAUUUGUUAACAACAACUACACUCAAAAUAUUACGCAAGAAAAAAAAAAGUGUUGGGGGGCGAAAGUGGGGUGGGGGUGGGGUGGGGUGGGGGGAGUUAAUAAGGACAAUGUUGAUGUAAUAAAAUUAGAAUGUAUUAAAAUGAAAAAUGAACUGCAUCAUAUUGUUGUUAUGCAGUUUAAGCCAUUGGUUCCUAUUGAUCAAGCCCUGCGUCUGCAACCCUACCGUCUCUACGACCCUACCUUACGACCCUGUCUACGACAAGGAGCAACCAAGUCGCCGAUCGCGAUUGUCAGUCAUGUAAGGAAUCCUGCAGGCAAAUUUCUGGCGUAUGAUAUUGCUUGAGUUUGGAUAAAAUUAUUUAGAGAACCCCGCAUGCAUAUUUCUAGAGUACGGCUUGGUCAUUUUUAUAGAAUGGAGUACGGCUUGGUCAUUUUUAUAGAAUGGAGUACGGCUUGGUCAUUUUUAUAGAAUGGAGUACGGCUUGGGCAUUUUUAUAGAAUGGAGUACGGCUUGGUCAUUUGUAUAGAAUGGAGUACGGCUUGGGCAUUUUUAUAGAAUGGAGUACGGCUUGGUCAUUUUUAUAGAAUGGAGUACGGCUUGGUCAUUUUUAUAGAGAGGAGUACGGCUUGGUCAUUUUUGUAGAAUGGAGUACGGCUUGGUCAUUUCUAUAGAAUUGAUUACGGCUUGGUCAUUUUUAUAGAAUGGAGUACGGCUUGGUCAUUUUUAUAGAGAGGAGUACGGCUUGGUCAUUUUUGUAGAAUGGAGUACGGCUUGGUCAUUUCUAUAGAAUGGAGUACGGCUUGGUCAUUUUUAUAGAAUGGAGUACGGCUUGGUCAUUUUUGUAGAAUGGAGUACGGCUUGGUCAUUUUUAUAGAAUGGAGUAUGGCCUUGUCAUUUUUAUAGAAUGGAGUACGGCUUGGUCAUUUUUAUAGAAGGGAGUACGGCUUGGUCAUUUUUGUAGAAUACCCUACCACUCACUCUAGGACUUCACGUUGGGCGAAAAAUACAAAGAAACUGACCCCCACCCCUCCCCAAACUAAAAACAAUGUUAGCAAAAACAAAACACUAAAUAUCCGACGGGGGACCAAUGGACAAACGACUGCCCAUUGAAACUGGACGCUGCAGAAAGUAGCCCUCAUUGGCGUAGAAGCUAUAUAAUAGACAGAAGUCGCGUUGCUCGACCAAGCCGCCGUCAGACUAAGUGAAGAACGGUGUACACAAACACCCUAACCACCGAGUCGAGUUUCUUUCAAACAUUGGUCAACAUCAACUUAGCCUUGAAAAAAAUAAACUACAAUGGUAUGUCAAGUGUGCUGUAAUCUGGUAAUAAGGAUAACGAACACUUUAACAUGUAGGCUGUCCUCAUGCAGCGUGCCUUAUCGUUUGGCCCAUGCUUUUGUUAUGCAUUAAACAUGUAAAUAAAUAUAGUUUAAUGAUAUUAUGCAGAAAAGAUAACAAAAUAUUUUGUUCCAAGAGGACCCUUACUUCCAGUAUCAGUAAUAUUAUUAAGUUUUGAAUGGGAAACAGCUGUUAAGAUAGGGUUAGUGCUGCCAGAGGCGGGCAAAGAAUUUGCGAAACAAAAACUCUGACGUUGGCCGGAUACACCGCUCCUCCAUAUUAAUGAAAAGGUAACACCCCCCCCCCCAACCCGGCCGCCCCUUGUCCUACCCCCCUGCUGGGCAAGACAAUUUAAACCGUUAAUUUCUAAUAUGACCGAAAAAAUUUUUAAAACGAUUGCUUUGAUAUAAAUUUUAAAAAACAGGGCAAAGAAUUUGCCAAACAAAAACUCUGACGUUGGCCGGAAACCCCGCCCCUCCCUAUUAAUGAAAAGGUAACCCCCCCCCCCCCCAAUCGGGCCGCCCCUUGUCCUACGCCACUGUUGGGAAAGACUAUUUAAACCGUUAAUUUCUAAUAUGACCGAAAAAAUUUUUAAAACGAUUGCUUUGCAUUAAAUUUUAAAAACCUAUACAGUGUAGGCUACAUGUGGGAAGGGUGGAAUCCAAUAUAUCUUUAGUCUUAACAUAUCAGUAUACCUAAUAUAUUUCUGCGCAUAUCAUGCAAUUUUUUUCCUAUUCUUAUUAUCAUGGUGAUUAUUUUAGGUGUCUGAUUACAUUAAGAGCAACAUUGAGUUGUUCAUUACUAACUCAGAGGUUUCUUACCCACCCUCUCCAUAAUGUCCAAGCUACAACUCUGAAAAUUUAAAAUAAGUUUAUACCUAUGUGAAGACACCCUUUUUUUUUUUUGUUGCCUAGAAAAUUUAUAACCAUGAUAAUAUUAAAUACAAUACCAAUCUGCAGAUCUCAGUUUGAAAGGCAAAAAUUAAUUUCAUAAAAACCUAUCUCUAAAGUGAUAAAAUUUUUAAUACAUUUUCAACCUUAUUUCAACUUAAGUCAUAUUAAUCUAUCGAAACGAAUAAAUUCUGGGUAAAAUUCUUUUUAACGACAAAGGCCUAUUACUCUGAUAAACUAGACACUAAAGUCUUGGAUGUAGCUUUAUAGAAGGCAACUAAUCAAAUAGUUGGGCUUAAAUUUUAAUAGAUAAACUAACAACUUCAAGUUUUAAGAAAUGAGUGAUAAUAACGGUACUGUUUUAUUAAUGAAAAUUUAAACCCUUCCAUAUGUAUUAAUGUUUGUUUCUUAACUCUCAAAUUUUGUUGGUUUUCUUACAUUAUUUCACUCCCUCAGUAGGCAGACUCCUUUACAAUCUGGCCGGCUUUUCGAUGAAGAACAUUGCAGUAAUGUUAAUAUAUCAUUGGAUUCAAAAUUGAAUGAUCUGUUACUAUUAGUUGAUAGCGAUAGAUCACAGUUAAUUAUGAUUUCGCCAAAAUAUCGUCACGUCAUUUAUGGAUGGCCCAAAUGUUGAAGUUAUUUCAUAUUCAAAUUAUCAUACACAAAUUUAUAUAAUUUAAGUAUAAGCGUCAUCUAGGAGUAGAAUCAAACUAAAAAAAGUUACAAGUGGGGGCUUAAUAAUAUCAUGUUAUCGGUUUUGGAAGGAUAUGUCAAACGUUACGGUGAACAAAUAGUAUCUGUUCUUGGCAUGACCAUCAUUGUUUUACGCCUAGGGCUGGGCUCACCGCGCUGUACAUAAAAAUGUUAUCAAAAGAGACAUAAUCAUGACAUUAAAAUAAAAUACAUUUAUGAAAUAAAGAACAGCAAUGUAUAUUCACCCACCCCACCACACAACUUUUACAAGGCAAACCAUGGACGGCAGCCAGCAAGAUCGUUUAUCGGUCAGAGGAGGGGAAUCAGUCAGGGUAGUAUAAUUUAAAAAGAUAUGUUUUGAGUGCAGUUUUGAAGGUCUGGGUGGUUGGUAUAUUGCGUAUGUGUAGUGGCAAAUAAUUCCAUUGUUUGGGGGCGCAGAAAGAGAAAGAUCGUUCACCAUAUGUUUUAGUGUGUGUCUUGGGAACGGACAGAAUACAGGAUAGUACGAGUCCUUAGUGACCUUAGGCCUUAGCCCUUAGUGACCCUAGGCCUUAGCUCUUAGUGACCUUAGGCCUUAGCCCUUAGUGACCCUAGGCCUUAGCUCUUAGUGAUCUUAGGCCUUAGCCCUUAAUGACCCUAGGCCUUAGCUCUUAGUGACCUUAGGCCUUAGCCCUUAGUGACCCUAGGCCUUAGCUCUUAGUGACCUUAGCCCUUAGUGACCCUAGGCCUUAGCUCUUAGUGACCUUAGGCCUUAGCCCUUAGUGACCCUAGGCCUUAGCCCUUAGUGACCCUAGGCCUUAGCCCUUAGUGACCUUAGGCCUUAGCCUUAAUUACAACUUAAUAGCAUUUUAUUGAGUUGGAAACAACGAUUUCUAAGCCUUGGACUUGGGGGCCUUAGCCUUGGCUUGCUUUGAAAAAAAAUAUUUGUACUUUUUAGUACUAAUAAACGUAACAGAGUUACAAUUGUUUGAAAAUGUAAACGUAAGAUAAUAAAUUGUAAUGCAACAAAUAAAACGUAAGAUAAUAAAUUGUAAUGCAACAAAAUAGAUCAGGCUUCACAAUUUCAAAACCACAGGUCUGAUAAGAAAAUAAGCCCAAGACGGCUGCGACUAUUCGCACCCGGGUACCAGAAGUGAGAGGUUGGGAUUAAAAAACUAUUUGAAAUAUUAUUGUUGGGUUUGACAAAAUUAGGUAUGAAAUGAAAGAUAAUUGAAUGAACUACAUGUUUGUAAACUUACUUCUUCAGUUUAACUAAAAUAAACUAUCACAAAUAACAUCCAUAUGGGAUUUAGUCUAUAGCAGGGCUCUCAAACUCAAAUCAUUCGUGGGCCGCAGUAAGUAGCUUCUGAAUUAGACCGGGCCGCAUCAAGUAUUCCACAAAAAAACUAUUAUACAUUUAAUAGAGUAAAACUGUUAUAAUCUGCUCAACCUUUAUUAAUAACAAAUAAAAACAUUAAGGGUUCCCAUAAACUAAACUUCACUUUCGUCCUUAUACUCCUUAUUACCAGAGACCUGGCAGCGCUUCUCCUUACACGGCUGAGCAAAAUUUGGCUUGAGUGAGGAAGCAACCGAGACCCACAGUAUAGCUUGAAGAUGCGCAUCAGUAAGUUUGGCCCUGACCUUUGACUUGUAAAAGUUUAUAGUGGAAAAGAGCUUUCCACACAGAUGGGUACUCCUAAAAAAGGCACAUGAUCCGCUUGAACAACCUGAAAUCUCAGGGGAGGUGGAGGGCGAUGCUCUCAUAAAUUUUCCAUGUUUGCCUAUGUUUGCGUUCAUCUCCCUGAACUUAGAAUUGCACCGAUGAUCAAACAGUUAUAUUUGAAGCGAAAAAAAGGAGGGGGGGGGGGGGGGGGGGGGCAUCUUCCACGUUAAAGGGGAAAAGGUCAGCAAAAAGUUGAAAAGUAGCUAUCUAAAAAAAACUUAGAAUUGCACCGAUGAUCAAACAGUUAUAUUUGAAGCGAAAAAAAGGAGGGGGGGGGGAGGGGGGGGGCAUCUUCCACGUUAAAGGAGAAAAGGUCAGCAAUAAGUUGAAAAGUAGCUAUCUAAAAAUAUGUAAUCAAAUACUUCCUGUAGCUUUGCAAUGGCAUCAGUUUACUUACUACUGAAUGGUGUGCCCGAGUCCAAGAGUACUUGAGUCCAUGAGACCUUAUUGAUCACUUAGUACAGGAACAACCUCCCAUCCUGCUCUCUGAAGGCUUUAAAUGUUAAAACGUGUUCAAACAGUAGAUAGGGGCAGGCAAUAUUUGUGAAUUAUUGAUGCGAAGGAGAUGCUAUUGUAGGGAAAAUUAAUUUUUUUUUUUUUUUAUCGUAGAAGCGGCUUAUUCGACUAACCCUAUUUUGAAAAUGACCAAGCUGACAGGCUCGGAAUUUCCCUCACUCGUAAACACGAGCUAAAAUUUUAAUAGGGAUUCUCUGAUGAUGUGUUCUACGAUUUACACAAUUAUGAUUGUGCAGUAAACCCUAACUGACUUUUAAAACUUUUCUCAAAACCACACUUCGGCCAUGUUUGUCUCAUAAAAUGUUAUAAAAUUAAAACUUUUAGUCCGAUUUUAAAAUGGGUUUUACCAUUAAAAUCAACGUCCAAACCUGUGCAAACAUAAUAAAAUCAGAAUGAGACUAGUCGGUGAGAUUCGACUGAAACUGUCGCGGACGGUCACAUUAAAGAUAUGAGGAUGGGGAAAACGCGCGGGCCGCAUUAACACUAAAAUUUGCUGUCAUGUAGCGGCAGCGGGACGCAAAAUAUCGUCUUGCGGACCGCAAAUGGCCCGCGGGGCCACGAGUUUGAGACCCCUGGUCUAAAAGGACCCGGGUACGCAUAGCCACUUUUCGGACCCGAGUCCCUUUAGACCAGUGGUUCUUAACCUGGGUUCGAUCGAACCCAAGGGGUUAGGUGAGUCACAGUCACAGUCAAUCUCAGGGAUUCGGCGGAGGUCCAAAAAAAAAUUAGAAAAGAAAAUCAUAUUUUAUUUUUCCUAUUAAGAAGGAUUCGGUGAAUGCGCAUUUGAAACUGAUGGGGUUCGGUACCUCCAAAAAGGUUAAACACCACUGCUUUAGGCAAAAUAGUAACUACUACUAGAGGGCGCUGACAUGAUUAAUAUGGGUUGGCAUGGUAGCUUAUAAACUUCUCAACUGAAGAUUACCAUUCAGUUGAGGGAAAGUUCAAAGGUUACAAGUUUAAGGGUUAUUUCUUAGUUGUAAACAUGGACCGUGAAGAAAAUGAGUCUGUUAGCCGAUUUCGUGAGUAUUUACGCAUCAACACAAUGCAGCCUAAUCCAGAUUAUGGUAAGUGGUAAUGUAAACCCAUUGUUUUUAGAUUUAAUAUUAUGAAUUCGUUAGGAUAGCCAAACCAGUCCCAUUUUUGCGCUUGUUGGGCCUAGGCACCAAAGUUCCAAAAAAGUUGAUCUUCUCGGACCUCGUACAUGUAUGAACUAUAAUAAUAAACCGCAGAACAAUAUAAUAAUUAAUACCUAUAAUUUAUUGCUUAGAUAAAUUUAAACAAUAAACCAUGCUUCAUGCAGUUCAUUUACAAAAAUUUACUGUAAAUUGUAAAUCAAUGUUACAUUUACAUUACAUGUCGUGUAGCCUACAUUUUUAAACAAUCUGUUAAACAUCCAAACAAAAUACAAGAAUAUAUAUGAAUAUAUGAAUUAUGUCACAUUAUAAUUAUAUAGUUAAAUAUUAUAUAAUAUAGAGCCUAUGUGUAUUGAAAUGUGUCAAUUUUUACCAUUUAAUCCAAUUUCGAUCGUCUUGGUUUCAUUUAAUCAUAAACUAUAUAGUUAUAGGCCUAUACGUUUUCAAAAUUUACACAAUACUGUGAUUGUGAUACCCACAAUUUAUUCACAUCCGAUCCCUUAGUGUUGAAAGCAAAUUUUCUGACAGCUUCAUAAAAAAAUGCUGUUUCAUCAUGAUUUAUAAAAUCACAGGGGAGUUUGUUGAUUAGAAGGAAAAAAAAAGUCUGUGUCAUGCCCUUUUCAUGACAUAAUUUAGUGUUGGUUCAGCAGGACAUGCGCUGUUUGCAGGGAAAAACAUGACUUUGUCCCAAAGUGCCCAAAGACACCCUUGCAUAUUUUACAUUUGACAGGACUAGCACUAUUUCAAGGCAAGGGGUUUAGAAAUCGAUCCCGCUGAGUCAGCACACAAGCCAGUGAUUGCACUAUUUCAUACUUCACUAUUUGCAAGUUUCACAGCAUUAAAAACCUGUUCCGCUUUAAAAAAAAAAAAAAAUUAUUAACUAGUUUAUUAAUUUAAUGUACUAGAUAGAAAUAGAUUUUUAGCAUCAUCACACACCAAGGCAAGAUGGUUGCAGUCUCCAGUUUUCUUCUAGUGUAUUCUAUGUCUGGUCUAGGCAUGCUACAGUAUACUGUACUAAACUAUAUUACUAUUAUGACUAUUAAUAAGAUUAAAAUUUUAUAGAUUAUAUAAUCUGAAUUUACUCUUAAUUACAAUAGAUAGGCUAUGCUGAUUUAAAGCUAACCAUAAGACCCUAACUAAGGUAAUCUGUAUAGUUAUAAUAUGCCAGUAAUCAGAAGGACUUAUUCUUUAGUUUUGAUUAUAAUUUUAUUUUGGACAUAUUUUCCUAGAUGCAGCUCUUUGUUUUUUGCAAAAACAAGCGUCGGAAAUCGGUAUGGAAUUUAAAAUACUUGAGGUACAGUCAAACUUUAUUUUCUGUUUAGGUUAUAAAUUAUUUAUGACCAAAGAAUUGAAUUUGAAUAGAUAAAUGUUAAGAACUUGAAAAACCUUUUACAGGUUACAGAAGAAAAAAUUGUUUAUCUGAGGUCUGUUGACAUUGGAAUUUGAAGAUUCAAGUGAGAAAUGUUCCCUCUUUAAAAAAAAAAAAUUACUUUUGUCAAAAUAGUGUGUUCACUGUCUGCAUUUCAUAUGCCACUGUGCCUUAAGUAAGUGUUGUGUGUGACUUUAGUGAUGUCCGUUAUACAAGCUCAAAGUAGGACCGCAGAAACCCCCCAAAAAGCAGCACCUGCACAAAUUUAGUAUUUGAGUUUUAUUAAUUUUUUUUUAAAAGCUUUCAUCCAAUAGAAAACUUUGAGAUAUUAUUAUGUAGGAAAAAUUAAAAUUAACAUUAUGCCAUUAGUAGCAUUGCUUUUCCCUCUUAUUUUCAGAGUGGCAUUGAAGGGAAACCCAUAGGCUUGAUGACAUUGCAAGGACUUAAACCAGAGCUUAGAUCCAUCCUGCUGACUUCCCACAUGGAUGUUGUUCCAGUGUUCCCAGUAGGAGUUUUGACUCCACUUCAAAGUCUUUAUCUAGAUAACAGCAGUCUUUGUCUAGAAUAAGUCUUUGUCUAGAUAACAGCAGUCUUUAUCUAGAUAGAAAACAGCAGUCUUUAUCUAGAUAGAUAACAGCAGUCUUUAUCUAGAUAGAUAACAGCAGUCUUUGUCUAGAUAACAGCAGUCUUUGUCUAGAUAACAGCAGUCUUUGUCUAGAUAACAGCAGUCUUUGUCUAGAUAGAUAACAGCAGUCUUUAUCUAGAUAGAAAACAGCAGUCUUUAUCUAGAUAGAUAACAGCAGUCUUUAUCUAGAUAGAUAACAGCAGUCUUUGUCUAGAUAACAGCAGUCUUUGUCUAGAUAACAGCAGUCUUUGUCUAGAUAACAGCAGUCUUUGUCUAGAUAACAGCAGUCUUUGUCUAGAUAACAGCACCAUUAAAAAAAUUUAAGCAUAUUUUAUUUUAAAUUGAUUGUAGCUUGGCUCCAUAAUAAAUUUAUGCGUAAAAUUAGAAAUGCCGUAAAAUUAGAAAUGCCGGUACUUUAAAAAAGCACUUUUAACUGGAAUUAAUGCUUGUUUGGUAUGCUUAGGGGCUUUCCAUAAAUGAGGUCAUGCUGUUUGGGCUGAUUUCCUACCCUCUCACCCCAAUGGAUACAAUUGAUAUGGUUUACAUAAUGUGGUUUGUGGAUGGCCCCCUUAUUGAAAUUAUAGGUUAGUUACUGGGGUACUUGCAUUUGUAGUUAAUUGCAUUUGUAGUUAAUUGCAUUUAUAGUUCAUUGCCUUUUGUUUUGUGGGGAAUCUUAAAAAUUAUGAUCUUUUUCAAGGAAAAGUGGACACAUGAGCCAUUUAGUGCUGACAAAGAUGAGAAAGGAAAUAUAUAUGCCAGGGGCUCGCAGGUAGGUCUACUUUCUAAUAUUCGUUUAAUUAAUUUUUUCAACUGAUAAAUUCCUUUUCAUCAACAAGAUCCAACAAUUAAUACAUUUGAUAUAUUCUUGUUUGCUUUCCAUAUGAUGGCAACAAAAAAAUUCUUUGUUAAAAUAUUUUAAUUGUAAAUUGAAAUUAUUAUUUGAACUGCAUGUUAAUCAAGGAUUUUUUAAAAAAGUUUUCCUCAACUAAAGAAAUAUAGAAAUCUAAAUACAUCAAAUAAAAUGCAAGAAUAGAUUGAUAAUGUUUCCAUUCACAGGACAUGAAGUGUGUGACAAGCUGGUAGGUUUUGUUAAGUAAUUUUCUUUCAUUUUGUUUUAAGUUUUGCUGAUUUACAUCAUUCUUUAUCUUUCAUAUUUUUUAUUGUUAUGGUUUUGAGAAAUUGCAGUCUUCUAAACAUUUCAAAUGGAUUGUAUAAAAGGUCAUGUUAUGAAGAAGAUACCCUUUUCUGUCCAUGUACCUUUACAAACAAGAUGUGUCACUCAUUAAGGUAGCUGUUUAAUUUGUAAUAUGCUCAUGGAUAGCCAGACUUAAUUCAAAGAUAAAGUCAAAUCUGCUUAUAUGACAUUUUACAUUUGUUAAAAAAUCAGACCUGUUUACCCUCAAACUCUUAAAAUCGUACAAUAUCAUCACAUUACGCUAUAUUCAUAGUAAAAAAACAAACAUACAGUAUAUACAAUCUAUACACCUCAAAAUCGUACAUUGUACGCCAAAAUCGUAAGAGUAAACAGGUCUGAUAAAUUAACAUCCUUGAUGAAUAUCACCUUGAAAAAAUGCAUGAGAAUUUUGUGAAGAGGCAUUUCUGAUACCGCUGUUUAGAUAAUACUAUGAUAUAAGAAUGCUGUGAAGAGGCAUUCCUGAUAGCACUUUUCAGAUAAUCCAAUGGUUUGAUAAGGGGAAGUAAUGACGUAACAAGAAGGAACUCAUAACAGCUAAACUUAAAGAGUUAAAUCAUAAAAAUAAUGUAUCCAUUGGAUGUGGAUAUGGCUUCUAUAAGAACAUGUUGUACUUUAAGAAUCAUUGAAAGAGAUUUGGCUUUGAUAAAACUUAAGAGUGCAUUAAAAGACACAAACCACAUCUCUAAACAAGAUCAGGUAAAGCUUAAUUUAAGGUUAUGAAAUAAACUGCCACCUUACUAAAACCUUUAUGGUAAUAGUUUAAAAAUGUAUACCCACAAAUGGCAUCUGUAUAAACUCACUAAAAAUUAUAACAAUUGAUUGAAAAGAAUUUCUUGAUUGGAAUUUUUUUCUACUUAGGUAUUUGGAAGCCCUCAGAGCACUGAAAGAGGAGGGGAAAACAUUUUCAAGGACAAUUCAUUUACUGUUUACUUCAGGUAAGCAGAUUUGUUGGAAGAAACAAGCUCCAUAUUACUUUAAUCAUUUUAAAUCAGAGGCUGAUUCAACAAGCCAAUGGCAGGGAGGUUUAUCUAACUGGCCAGGCUGAUUCAACAAGCCAACGGCAGGGAGGUUUAUCUAACUGGCCAGGCUGAUUCAACAAGCCAACGGCAGGGAGGUUUAUCUAACUGGCCAGGCUGAUUCAACAAGCCAAUGGCAGGGAGGUUUAUCUAACUGGCCAGGCUGAUUCAACAACCCAAGGGCAGGGAGGUUUAUCUAACUGGCCAGGCUGAUUCAACAAGCCAAGGGUUAUGACAAGUAGAUAAUGGCAUGAUAUUGGUUAGUAUUACAGUGGGCAUAUUUAGAUGAUUUAUUGGAUUUAAUGCUGUGAAGUUUAAAUAAUCAUCAAAACUGGAACAACAUCUUGAAUUUAGCAAUGCUGUAUAUCUUGUUGUAGAUGAGGAGAUAGGGAGCAAGCCAUCUGAGAGUUUCUCUAAGAGUGAAGAAUUUAAGUCUCUGAAUAUUGAGUUUGGGCUUGAUGAAGGUAAGUGAUGUCCUAACCCCUUUUAUGUAUAGAACCAUCUUGAUGAAGUUAAGUGAUGUCCUAACCACUUUUAUGUAUAGAAUCAUCUUGAUGAAGGUAAGUGAUGUCCUAACCACUAUUAUGUAUAGAACCAUCUUAAUUAAAUAAUAGCAAAAGAAUAUUUAUCAAUCCAGGGUUAAUUUGUCUUUUUGGUUUUAUGAUUUUACAUUAUUUUUGGUAGUCAAAAGAUUGAAGUGAAUAGACUUUAGAUUACCGGUACUGAGAAGCCGAAAAUAGAUUUAAAAAAAAAAAAAAAGAUACAUUUUAAAAUGUAUUUUGAAAUUUUGCAGGGAUUGCUAGUCCAGGAAACAAAAUGAGAGUAUACUAUGCCGAAAGAUCAAUUUGGUGUAAGUUUUGCCAUUAAUUUGUCAGAAAAGUCACCAGUCCUCAUAUUAUUGUUUAAAUUGGGACACUUUAUUUAAUUACAAGCUAUGUCAUGGUUAGAAUAAAAGCAUGAAGUAGAAUCAUCUUUUUUAAAAGGACAGAUCUACUGUUCAUUUAAUUAACCUUGACAUCAUGUUAACCCUAAGAACUAGUGAGUGUCUCCCUCUGGAAAAUUACGGGACGAGUUCAGAAUUUUUUAUUAAAUUUUUUAUUUUAACAAAUUUGUCCACCUUGUGUCGGCCCAGAUGACCAAUAAAAUGUGUCUUCCUUUUUCUAGGGAUUAAAGUUAUUUGUAAAGGAAGUCCUGGGCAUGGCCUGGCAUUUAUAGAAAACACAGCUGCCAAAAAACUAGUAAGUGUUUAAUAUUAUAUCCUUAUUAUUUGAUUGUUCCCACAUUAUUUUUCUAAUCUGGUUUUUUACUUCCCAUAUAUUCUCUAGCUAGAUAUUCUUAAUGUAUCAAGCUUGGAUAGUAAAGGGGACAUUAUAGUUAUAUAAUCCACAAGGUUAACUAAUGCUUAUUCCCCUUGAUGACCUCCUUUGGUAUCUAAUGACAAUAAAUGAUAAUGUUCAUUGAUCUUUACUUCAGUGAACAAGCGGAUUGGGUUCAACAUACAUUAGCUAGAGGUUUACUGGAAGUUUCUUAGACUCACUCAUCAGUUAGAUUGAUACAUUGUUUACAAUUGUGUGACAAUUUUUUCUAGACUCAACCAUUUAGGUUGAUACAUUGUUUACAAUGUAUGAAUCAUUUUUCUUCUCUCUAGCAAUAUGUGAUCAACAAAUUUCUAGAACUGAGAGAUGAACAGGAGGCAAUGUUAGUGAUAUAUCUGCAAACAUUUUGUAAAACUGUUUCCAUUAGUUUAUAUAUAUAUAUAUAUAUAUAUGGUUUUUAUUUUGCUCAUUGAAAUAUCUCCCAUUCUUAUGGACAAAGAAUAAUGCAUUACUGCAACUAGCUGUAUCAAAGAUUUUUAAUUAUUUUUAUAAAGCUGAUUAUUUACAUCUGGAGUAAGAUGAUUUUUAAAAAUAAUGUUAGAGAAAGCUGUUGCUCAAAUUCAUAACAGUCAAUUUUUAAAAUGUUUCUCAAAGUUGGAAGAGUGAUCCAAAGUCUCUCCUUGGAUCAGUGUUCACAGUCAACAUGACAAUGUUGGAGGUUGGUGCUGCUGCUAGCCUUUUAUUUUACUUAUUUAUUGUGUGGAAUGUUCACUGUGGUCUUAAUCUUAUUUUACUUAUUUAUUGUGUGGAAUGUUCACUGUGGUCUUAAUCUUAUUUUACUUAUUUAUUGUGUGGAAUGUUCACCGUGGUCUUAAUCUUAUUUUACUUAUUUAUUGUGCGGAAUGUUCAUUGUGGUCUUAAUCUUAUUUUACUUAUUUAUUGUGUGGAAUGUUCGAUGUGGUCUUAAUAUUACUUUUUUGUUGUCAUGUACAAAUUGUCGACCGUCUGAAAGUGAGUUUCUUCUCAAAAAUUCUUUCAGACAUGAUCAUCGAAGUCAGUUGAGAAAUGCUCAAUGUUGACAUUAAACUAUUCAUGACGUCAUCAUUCUUUAUUCUACUCAUUUAUUUCUGUGUGGACAAUGCAGUUUCCCAAAAUAUAAUAAAUUGUUUAACUAUGUUUUUUAUGAGUUCUGAUAUGUACGAACAUAUGAAAGUUAAAUUUAAUCAUUUUAAAUCAUUAGAUUUUAAUAUAUUUUUUUUUUACCUCAGUAUAGAUUCAACAAGUGUGGAGAAAUCUUUUGUAAUAAAUGUUUUACUUGUGUUUAUUAAGGGCGGCGUGCAGCCAAAUGUUGUACCUGCAGAGAUGAGUGCAAGUAGGUCAAUAAGAUUGCAUUAGUUUUACUUUGGAGGGUUAUGUGCAGAGCAGUCACUUUAAGCAAAAGGAUCCUUGUUCGGAACUCUUGUAUGUGACAUUAACUUAUGCUUCUUGACAGACGACAAAAAUAGUGUUCUUACUCAUUUGUGAUCAGCGGUUUGCUGGAACUGGGUCUUUCUGGUUUACCCUGGUUGUUAAAAUUUUACUAUUCCAGACAUUUAGACAUUUGCUAAAAAUGUCAAGAUAAUAACAGUAUAAAAAUCUAUUGAGGUUUUUUUCUAUUACCGAAAAGUACUGAAUAGGUGUUUAUUGAGUAAUGAAUUGGUUGUUGCCUGAUUUGCAGCACACCACGGGUUAUAUUGCAGCAUAACAGCGUAAGAAAUUUUGCUUAAAAAUUAAUAAACACAGUAAGUUUAUUAAAAUGGAUGUAAAAAAAAAAAAGUAUUAUUUUAGCUAAUAGAACAAUACCUUUAGUGGGUUACUCUUUUUUCCUUGUUGGCCUAUUAUUCAGUUAUGAGGAUAACACUUUAUGAAAAUAACAUAGUAUAUUUUACUUAUACAUUGGUUUAAUGUUAACAUGAUUUCUGAAUAAAAAGCUAAUAUAAAUGUGCUCGUAUUUCUCUCAUUGAAAAAAAUUAUAUGUGUUACAUUUAUUUUGAAAAGGCACCCAAUUUGUCAGAUGGGCCACCUUAAUAAAGAAUAAAAAUUUUGUUUGAUCAACCUGCUUAUAGACAGAAAACUAGAAUUGGUCUCAGAUAGACAAAUAUAAAAAUAUAUAAAAAUCAAGGACAUUCAAAGCCAUAUUCUAUCUUUUAAACAAAAAAUUGUUUUCCCUAACCUACUUUUGUGAACUUUCAGCAUUUGAUGUGAGAAUCCCUCCGACGGCAGAUUUUGAUGCUUUCAAAGAAAAGAUCCGUCAUUGGUGUAACGAGGCAGGGACAGACGUAACCUUUGAGAUGCUUCAUGUGAGUAACAUAGACUAAUUGAGGGAGGGGCUUCAAAGGCAAGUUAAAAUAAGUGUCAAGAGUGCAGGGCCUUUGGAGUUUCUGGAAAAAUUUGAAGAGUUAUUGCUCAUCGCUGUACAGUUUUACAGAUGGAAAGUGGUGAAGGCAAUGAACAGUUUUACUUUUUAGAUGCAGAUAUUUGCUUUAUUUAAGGUCAACUUUGAAGCACACCUUAAGGUCAACUUUGAAACACACCUUUGAGGUUAAGAAUUUUUCCCAAAAUUCGUUUUAUUAAGAAAUGUUGCUAUAAUCACAUUCAUUUUAAAUAUUGCUGUUUCACAUAUUAAUUUAUAGACCUAAAAGUGAAUAAAAAGUUCAUAAAAAUCUGAACAGAGUCUCCUGUAUCAGUUCUUAUCAUUAAUUUGAUUGCCAGGAAGGCCGCAUGACAGAAAGAGUUGAUGUCUCAGACGCCAACCCCUGGUGGAAGGCGUUCAAGGGCGCGUGUGGCAGGGCGUAAGUUUGUGGUGUUGUACUAGAGUGUUUUGUAGUAAUCUAUUUCCUAGAGUUUAAAACUGUACACAUGUUGACAGGUGCAUAUAAUAUGGAAUAAGGAGGGUGCUGGGUGGCCAAGGGGUUUAAAAUGAGUCAAUGCCAAAGCUUGUGGACUGGAGUUCAACCCCCAGCAGAAGCCUAGACAAACCCGAGCAACACCAGCACCCCACAAGGCAACCCAUGUAAGAGAAGGCAAACUGUGAAAUUAAACCCGGAGAUGGAGUCCCAUAGGCGUUAUGACAUUGACAAUGAAAACUUCAACAACUCCUGUGUCGGGGAACGCCUAAGAGCACAGUGAGACACAAUAAGUCUUGCCAUUGGAACAAAUAGGAAAGGACUAGAGAGUGAGACUGGUGAAUUGAGCAACUCUCCCUCACUUUAAACAAAUACAGCUCAGGUCAAGGCUACUACUCAAAUCGAAGCCUUGGUCAUCUUCGUAUGCGAUGGACUAACAAUCAAAAUGUGGGAUAUAUUUACGAUUUGAAUGGUUUAAACCUUCUUUGCACAGAUGAACCUAAUGCUAAUUUGGCACACUAUAAUGUUGUCAUCAACUUCUAAAUAUGUCAUUUUAUUUUGUGACAAGGGUAAAAUCCAACAUUUUAAAAAUGUAUGUCACAUUACAACCUGACAUUUAAAUGUGACAUUAUGAUUUCAGUAAUGUUGAAUUUGAACUUGAGAUCUUCCCAGGUGGCACUGACAGCAGAUUCUACAGAAAGGUAAAGAUGUUGAUACAUGUUGGUACUCGUUACAUGUUAAUGUUAGUUCCAUCGUUCUGAAUUACCUUACAUGAUACAAUGACAUUGGAUUUCUUGUGAUGUUGUAAUAAAAAAAAACUUGUGCAAAUUAAACCAUUGAUCUAUCGGACAACAUUACAGGGAAACAACAAUAAUUUAAAAGUUCUAUCUGCAUAGCUAUAAGCAGAAUUUGAAGAAAGAAAAUCAUGACUCCAUAACAGCAUUUGUUUUCCAUUUCCUUGACCUUGGUGGAUACCUCUCUUACUAAGAAAUACUUGGGAUGAAUAAUUCAAAGCACUCUCUGAAAUAGUUAAAAUUUUGAAAAGGAUGGUGUGUAUUAGUCUUGGGAUGGUGUGUAUUAGUCUUGGGAUGGUGUGCAUUAGUCUUGGGAUGGUGUGCAUUCGUCUUAGGACGGUGUGUAUUAUUAGUAUUAGGAUGGUGUGCAUUAAUAAUAAUAAUAAUUAGUGGUCUUUUAUUGCCUGUACAUAAAAAUGUUUUCAAAAGAGACAUAAUCAUGACAUUAAAAUAAAAUACAAUAAUGAAAUAAAGAACAGCACGAACCCCAGGACUUUUACAAGGCAAACCAUGGACGGCAGCCAACAAGAUCAUUUAUUAUUAUAUUAGUCUUAGGAUGGCAUGCAUUAGUCUUAGGAUGGGGUGCAUUAGUCUUAGGAUGGCAUGCAUUAGUCUUAGGAUGGGGUGCAUUAGUCUUAGGAUGGGGUGCAUUAGUCUUAGGAUGGCAUGCAUUAGUAUUAGGAUGGCAUGCAUUAGUCUUAGGAUGGGGUGCAUUAGUCUUAGGAUGGGGUGCAUAAGUCUUAGGAUGGGGUGCAUUAGUCUUAGGAUGGGGUGCAUUAGUCUUAGGAUGGGGUGCAUUAGUCUUAGGAUUGGGUGCAUUAGUCUUAGGAUGGUAUGCAUUAGUCUUAGGAUGGGGUGCAUUAGUCUUACGAUGGGGUGCAUUAGUCUUAGGAUGGGGUGCAUUAGUCUUAGGAUGGCAUGCAUUAGUCUUAGGAUGGGGUGCAUUAGUCUUAGGAUGGGGUGCAUUAGUCUUAAGAUGGGGUGCAUUAGUCUUGAAAUGGGGUGCAUUAGUCUUAGGAUGGGGUGCAUUAGUCUUAGGAUGGGGUGCAUUAGUCUUAGGAUGGGGUGCAUUAGUCUUAGGAUGGUAUGCAUUAGUCUUAGGAUGGGGUGCAUUAGUCUUAGGAUGGGGUGCAUUAGUCUUAGGAUGGGGUGCAUUAGUCUUAGGAUGGCAUGCAUUAGUCUUAGGAUGGGGUGCAUUAGUCUUAGGAUGGGGUGCAUUAGUCUUAGGAUGGGGUGCAUUAGUCUUGAGAUUUUAAAACUGAAGAAUCACCUGACUGAUUUAAACAGUUUCUAGGAAUGUCUUAAACUGUAACAAGAUAUGUUGUGAUUUAAACUGUGGCAAGCAGACCAUGACUAUUAAACUGACAAAGAACUCAAUCCAAAUUAAUUCAUUUAAUAUCAAGAAAAGUUUUACCCCUCAUGACUAAUAAGUUAUUGUUUGUUUGUUUAUACAUUUCCCAGGCCGGUGUGGAUAUGAUUGGGUUUUCCCCAAUGAACAACACCCCGAUACUCCUUCACGACAAUGAUGAGUUCCUCAAUGAAAAUGUCUUCAUUCGUGGAAUUGAAAUCUACAAAGAAAUCAUUCCUGCCUUGGCCAAUCUGGAUACUUUGUAGAGUCACUUUAGAGCCUUGAUGCGUGAUUGAUUGUUAAAUCAUUAUGCACACAGAUUCAGUAUCAAUGAUUUCUUAAUGGAGCAAACAUUGAAAUUUCCUUUUAAUGAUGAAAUUUAUCACUGUUAUUAAUAUUGUUUAAAUGUGAAAUCAUCUUAUUAAUGCAGAUUGCUUGAAUAGUAGAAUUAAUUCUUAUAAUAAAAUGAAUGGACUAUUCUUGUUUAACACAUUGAAAGUGUUGCUAACAGUGCAGGUGGAGUCUAAGAUAUAUAUGAACUUAGGUGUGCUUAUGUGCUUAUUGGCUUACAUUUCUGUCAAUAAUUCUUUGUUUAGAAUUAAUUUUAUUGGCGUUCAGUUGUUUUUUUUCCCUCAAAAUUUGGUUGAACUAAAACUGUCAAUGUCUCUUGUAUUGAGAAAUGUAAUGUAGGCAUGUGAUGCUGUUUAAUCAGAAAUUUAAGUACCGGAAAUUGUGUUCGGUCUUUUCAGUCUUAGCCUUAUUUUUAUUGCUUUUUCUUUAAAAAAAAAUUGUUGCAUCAAAUGAAAGAUUUAUUUUAGAGCAACCUAAUCCUGGCAUUCUGUGUGAAAUAAAGUUCAAAAUAAUCCUGGCAUUCUAUGAGAAAUUCAUUUUGAAAUAACUCUGAAUUGAAAUGUAUUUUUAUUUAUAGUUCAUGAACUAAUGAAGUUUGAAAAAAAAUAUUUGUGUCAAAAAUAAAAUAAUAUUUUGAAAGGGAUUAAUUUCUGAAAAAAUUUUUUUUUAAAAAUUAUAUGAAAAAGUGCACAUUAAACAUUAAUAUUUCAUCUAA